CCGGAGUCAUUCCGCCUGGGUCGCGGGCGCGAUCGGCGGCGCGGGGGGAAGGGGGCCACGUGAAGAUGGGUCUCCCCAGGCCUGGAUGAGCGGCUGCCGUCCCUGCGCCCCUCCCUCUGGGCGGGUGGAAUAGAUAAGCCAGGCAGGAGGAGGAUCCCCGGGAAAAUGCCCCCCGGGCGCGAGAAAUGGAGCCGCUCGGGCGCCGCGAAGAGGGCGGCGUGCUUGCUGGCUGCGGUGUACGGGCUGAAGAUCCUCUGCCCGCUGGUCCGCAGGCGGCUCCGGCAGGCGGGCUGCAAGAAGGACCCGCAGCAGAGGCAGAUGGCCAGCGGCAGCCGGGCUGAUCUUCCUCCGGAGCUGCAGCUGCUGCCUUGCCCGGGUCUCCCCGCCGCCGGCCGAGCGUCUCCGGCGGCCAAUGCGGAAUUUUUCCGCCAGCUGCUGGCGCUGCGCAAGAUCCUCUUCCCGCGGGCGGUGAGCGCGGAGAGCGGCUGGCUGUGCCUGCACUCGGCGGCGCUGGUGUCGCGGACCUUCCUCUCCAUCUACGUGGCCGGCCUGGACGGCAAGAUCGUCAAGAGCAUCGUGGAGAAGCGGCCGCGCAGCUUCGCCUGGAAGCUGAUCAAGUGGCUGGCCAUCGCCAUCCCGGCCACCUUCGUCAACAGCGCCAUCCGCUACCUGGAGGGCAAGCUGGCGCUGGCUUUCCGCACCCGCCUGGUGGAUCACGCCUACCGGACCUACUUCGCCGACCAGACCUACUACAAGGUGAUCAACAUGGACAGCCGGCUGGCCAACCCGGACCAGUCGCUCACCGAGGACAUGGCCAUGUUCUCGCAGUCGGUGGCGCACCUCUACUCCAACCUGACCAAGCCCAUCCUCGACGUGGUGCUCACCUCCUACACCCUCAUCCAGACGGCCAGGUCCAGGGGGGCCAGCCCCAUCGGGCCCACGCUCCUGGCCGGGCUGGUGGUCUACGCCACCGCCAAGGUGCUCAAAGCCUGCUCGCCCAGGUUUGGCAAGCUGGUGGCCGAGGAGGCCCAGCGCAAGGGCUACCUGCGCUACGUCCACUCUCGGAUCAUCGCCAACGUGGAGGAGAUCGCCUUCUACAGGGGCCACAAGGUAAGAAGAAGAAGAGGAGGAGGAGGAGGAGGAGACACAGGAGCUGGGUGACAUCGGAGACAGGAGAGACCUCUCAGCUGUAGUACUUGGCAAUCCCUCCUACUGCUGCUGCCCUCAUCCCUGGGAGAGUUGAAUUCCUAUGACACCCAGACCUGUUUACAAUAUUCUGCAGGCUUAGUAAAGGAGCUUUGUUUUUCUCCUUUACCUGGAAAAGGCCAGAGCAAGUACUGGCAGUAGUAGCUUAACAGUCAUUAGCUCUCUCCCUUUAAUACGUGCUAAGCACUCUUUUCUUCCUACAAAAGGGUGAAUUUCCCUUCUGUUGCAGCCACAGUGGCUGCAGAACCUGAGGUUUGGGAUUAAUUAAUACAGAAUAAAAAGGCCACGGACUUAUCUGCACACUCCCAUGUGAAUCCCAUUUUCUACUCUUUCUCUCCCAGUUGUUUGGAUGACUGAUAGUGCAGGCCUAUGCAUGACUAACUCAGAAGUAAAUCCAUCAUAUUCAGUAGGGCUUACUCCCGUGUAAGAGUGCCAAAGGCUGCAAUCCCUAAACCCUUACUGGCAAGUAAGCUCCACUGAAUUUAGAGGGACUCACUCCUGAGAAAACACAUGUGAGGGCUAAGCAUAAAAUGGGCUUUGUUUUCAUUCGUUUCUUAUAGACUGUUCUUCCUGUUCUUUCAAAUGUACUGGUUGCAAGAAAUCAUUUCCCCUCCCCCUCCUGUCCCACCCGGAUCAAUGCAGCACUUUCACUUGGCAGCCUGGGGAAAACUUUGCUCUUUCAAUGUGGACAGCAAUACAACCUUUGCCAUUGAUCUGCGUAGCUGAGCAGAGAUGCAGCGCUGCAAAGUCUUUAAAUAGCUCAGGCCAAAGUGUUGUGGGUGCUUUAACAACUAGUUACAUAAAAUGAGUGAGUAUUUUUUAAAAAUCAAGGUGGCAAAUAUAUUCAGUGCGCAUUUUAAAAAUUUGUUUUAAUGUGGGGACACAGUUUUCCACCUUAAAAACAGGCUCUUCCUAUGUCACUAACCUGGACCUGGGUCCAGCUUGCACCAGAACUUCUUAUGGUGUCACAUUGGUCUUUAGCACAGGUGGAAGGAGAAGAAGUUGUCUUCCUUGGAGCAAUACAAGGAGAGACUCCCAUCACCAUCAUGGCUGUGCUGAUGAACAAGGAACUGGCCUAGACUUAGAGCUGGUGCAAGAACAAUGCAGGCCUGAUUCAUACCAGCUGUACCUCCAAAUUCUCCCAAAAUGUUGCUUUCUCUUAAUGGGUUAGGAGAGCUGGAAAAAAUUAAAAUCUGGCAACCAAUGUGCCCUUUGGUUUCAGAUGGUACAUGGGUAAACGAGACUAGAAAACCCAGAACAAACUAAGCCUCCUAGAACAAAAUAAUACAUCAAGAAGCUUAGUUUGCUCAGAAUUGAGUAAACACUUCCAGACUUGAUGCUGAAUACAUCACUUCUGGUAAAUGAACCACCAUAGACACUGGAAGGCUGUUAAAAUUUGUGUCCCGGGCUUUUUAGACUCAUCUACCCAUGUACCAUCUGUACCAAAGGGGUGCAUUGUUUGCCAGAUGUGAAAUAUAUUGGCAUUCUUUUCAUUUCUCCUACCCUACUAUCUGGGGACGCGGGUGGCGCUGUGGGUUAAACCACAGAGCCUAGGACUUGCCAGUCAGAAGGUCGGAGGUUUGAAUCCCCGCAACGGGGUGAGCUCCUGUUGCUCGGUCCCUGCUCCUGCCAACCUAGCAGUUCGAAAGCACAUCAAAGUGCAAGUAGAUAAAUAGGUACCGCUCCGACGGGAAGGUAAACGGUGUUUCCGUGCACUGCUCUGGUUCGCUAGAAGCGGCUUAGUCAUGCUGGCCACAUGACCCAGAAGCUGUCCGUCAGCUCCCUUGGCCAAUAAAGCAAGAUGAGUGCCGCAACCCUAGAGUCGGCCACAACUGGACCUAAUGGUCAGGGGUCCCUUUACCUUUACCCUAUUAUCUAGAAUAGAAGUUUUCUGGCUAUAGCCUUCCUAACCUCUUAAGGCUAUGCAGGAAAUGAUUGAUAUGCAGCCAUGGGCAAGUUUAGCUGUCAGCGUUUGAGGAAUUCGCAGUUGACUUGCAGCACGUGGGCGUGUGCUUGGUGGUGCCCACUCAACUGCUUGGCGUGGGGAAAUGAGGCACUGCUGGUGAUAAGUGCUUUGAUGUGGCACUCGUAUAUGCAGCCAUCACAGUUUGUACCAGUUUUAGCAGUCCUCUUGCAACUUACAGUGAUUGUGUGUGUUGGCCUCAUAUGGAAGCAGUAGUUCAUAUGGUCAGAGCAUCCACACAAGCCGAUGAAGAACCCAUGCAGCCUCACAAGUGAUUGCAUGUGGGCCAAUGGGAGUCUGAAUCAAGUCUCAAGCUCAUUCAGAGGAAAACAGAAAGGAAAGUUGAUCAAAGGAAUAUUUUUAUCUGAGUGUAUAACAGAACCUAUAGAAGGGUUAAUCCUCUGAAAAAUAACGGACUGCUCAUUUUCACGUUCAGCAUCUGUCAGGUAAGGUAAAGGUAAAGGUACCCCUGCCCGUACGGGCCAGUCUUGCCAGACUCUAGGGUUGUGCGCUCAUCUCACUCUAUAGGCCGGGAGCCAGCGCUGUCCGCAGACACUUCCAGGUCACGUGGCCAGCGUGACAAGCUGCAUCUGGCGAGCCAGCGCAGCACACGGAACGCCGUUUACCUUCCCGCUGGUAAGCGGUCCCUAUUUAUCUACUUGCACCCAGGGGUGCUUUCGAACUGCUAGGUUGGCAGGCGCUGGGACCGAACGACGGGAGCGCACCCCGCCGCGGGGAUUCGAACCGCCGACCAUGCGAUCGGCAAGUCCUAGGCACUGAGGUUUUACCCACAGCGCCACCCGCAUCCCUGUCAGGUACCUAAGCCUAUAUCAGUUAUGCACUUAAAUAGAGCAUUCCCCACAAAAACAGAGUUGAGAAUUCCCGAGGAUGGUCCAGCAAAGGAUGUUUUGCCAUACUUCAAAGAUCACAGCUCCAGCCAGAAGCACACAAACAUUAUUAAAAGCAAUUUUUAUAAUCAAGUUUGACUGAAUCAAAGCUCCUAGAAUUCUCUGACCUAAGUAAAACUUGCAGGUCUGAGUCUAAAAGCAGCAACAAAGCCAUUAAGUUAUAAUUUGCUUUUAAGUUAUUUAUCCUUGCCUUGGCUCCUGGUUUGUAUUUUGAUGGAGUUAAAAAUAACAAUGCAAUGUUUUGUUUUAAUUUGAAGAUGGGUAUUUGCUAAAAUCACCAUUCAUUUGCAAACAGCAGUUCUGAUUCAUAAAUAUCUGUACUCGUUAUAAAAGUAUUAUCAUCAUCAUCCAUGCUGUAAGUGAUUGAGUUGAUGUUAGCAUUAACUGGCCAGAUGUUCAGCUGGUAUAUGUUGGUAGAGAUUCCUUAGCCAAGCAAAAUGAAGAGGGUUGCAGGAUGUUUAAAGGAUUAGCUCUUAUUCCAAAGCAGCAGUGUCCCAUAGGAGCCAGAGGGUGUAAUUUGUUCCAUAACAUUACAUCUUGAAAGGAUGCCAUAGGAUAGUGCAAAGAUCUACACUGAACUUGAUGGAGAAGCUGUAGAAUGGGUAGAGUUGUAAUGAGUCACCAUUUUAUGUGACUGAGGAGAUGGAGCUUAGUGGUAGAACCUAUAUGGUGUCCCACGUUCAACCCUCUCACAUUUCUAUAUAGAUAUGGAAGCAGGGCUGAGAUGUACUUCUGUCUAAUACCCUGGAAGUCUUCUGCCCAUCAGAGUAGGCAGUAUUUGGGCUAUAGGUACAGCCAUCAUGGAACUGGGGUAGGUUGCUGUUGGGUGUACACACCUUGAUUUGCUGCUACGUAAUAUGUGAAACAACCAGGAUCAGGUGUCUUGAACCAACAGGUCUACCUAUGUGACUAUAUUAAUAUAAAGGUUGCUUUUCUGGGUGGUUCCAGAUGGGACACAAAGUGGAAGCAUGAGUGAGUAACAAUCUCUUGCCAUACUUAUUAUCAUUAUCUUACACGAAGCCUGGGAAUUGGUGGCUGUUGCCCAUUAGGAUUGGUAGAAGAGAAGGCAGUAAGUAAAACCACAGUCAAUUAAUUCUAGUUUUGUCUCCAUCCUCCUCCCUGCUGAGUUCUGCAAGAGCAACUCUGAGGCUAAGGUGGAUGAAGCUCACAAGCAGUGCCACCUCGCUGGACUGCUUGUUGUAAGAAUUUGGGCAAGCGGGUGGGGAUUGGGUGAGGGCAGGCUGAGGUUGGUAGAGGAGUGCUUUGUUUGCCUUAAUGUUCCAGCCUCCACUGCAUAUUUCACUUCUAGGAAGAUAUGUCCAAGCUACCCUGUUUGGGUUGUUGAGUUGAUCAAAACUACAUAUCCCAACUGAGACCCUGCCUAACAGUAUUAUUAUUAUUAUUAUUAAUUUAUUUAUAUCCCACCCAUCUGGCUGGGUUUCCCCGGUAGCUCUCAACAGAAUAUCAAAAACACGAUCAAACAUUAAAAACUUCCCUAAACAGGGCUGCCUUCAGAUGUCUUCUAAAAGUCAGAUAGUUGUUUAUUUCCUUGACAUCUGACGGGAGGGCGUUCCACAGGGCAGGUGCCACUACUGAGAAGGCCCUUUGCCUGAUUCCCUGUAACCUCACUUCUCGCAGGGAGGGAACUGCCAGAAGGCCCUCGGUGCUGGACCUCAGUGUCUGAGCAAAACGAUGGAGAUGGAGACGCUCCUUCAGGUAUAGUGGGCUGAGGCUGUUUAGGGCUUUAAAAGGCCAACACUUGGAAUUGUGCUCGGAAACGUACUGGGAGCCAAUGUAGGUCUUUCAGGACUGGUGUUAAUGGUGUACUAAAAGCCAGGUAAGAAUAUGAGUUUACUUACUGGUCACCUGGUAUUGUUGGCUUCUGGACAGAUAUAUAUUCACUUGUUUAGGCUUAUCUGUUUAAAGUGCAUACAUAAUCACAUGUUCCAUGCUCUUAUCAGUAUCUGCAUUUUUACACUGUAGGUAGAAAUGAACCAACUACAGAAAAGUUACAAAGCUCUAGCAGACCAAAUGAACCUCAUUUUGUCCAAACGCUUAUGGUACAUCAUGCUGGAGCAGUUUCUGAUGAAGUACGUCUGGAGCAGCAGCGGCUUGAUUAUGGUGGCCGUACCUAUCAUCACUGCGACGGGAUUUGCUGAUGGCGGUAAUAACAUUUUAUUGAACGUGAAAUGUUUUGUGUGGCGGUUUCGUCCCAGUGGGAUUAUCUGGAGGAAUCGGUCAGAAAGGUGUCUACAUAUUCUUAGCUGCAGCAACCCUGUGUCUGCCCAGCAUUGUGUGGCUAGGUGGAACAACUCUAGGAAAAACUACCGUAUUUUUCACUCUAUAAGAUGCACCAGACCACAAGACACACCUAGUUUUUGGAGGAGGAAAACAAGAAAAAAAAAUUCUGAAUCUCAGAAGCCAGAACAGCAAGAGGGAUCGCUGCGCAGUGAAAGCAGCAAUCCCUCUUGCUGUUCUGGCUUAUGGGAUAGCUGCGCAGUCUGCAUUCGCUCCAUAAGACACACACACAUUUCCCCUUACUUUUUAGGAGGGAAAAGUGUGUCUUAUAGAGCAAAAAAUACGGUAAGUUAUAAAAACAGCUGUCCUACCCAAAAACCUUUUGUUGCCUUGGGCAGAAUAGUAAAUGGUGCCCCCAGGCUCAAGUCAAGGUGCUUAGUGCCCAAGGUAGGUCAAAUUACUUUGGUGCCUGAGGCAGAAAAUCCCCCAUCACGUUUUCUUGGCAGUAAACGUACAAUAAUACUAAAAGAAACAACUACAGAUUUGUUGCCCUUUAAAUAAAGGUGGGUCCAGCUAUUGCUAUUACACACAUGCAAUUUUUGUUCUUUUCUUAAUUGUUUCUGAUAACUAUUUUAGCACAUCAUGCAAUGCCUUUUCUGCACGUGCAAGCAGUCUCAGAAAGAAAGAAAGAAAAUGAGAUGAAUUCUAGCCAGUUCAUACCGUGUAAUCAAUACAUUAAACUGACUUGUGCAAACACUAUUUAUUAUAUUCAGCAUUUAGUUAUCGCCUAUCCCUCUUCAGCAGUGGAUAUAUGCAAAUGGGGUCUGAAACAAACCAUUGAAUGGGGCAGCCUGACAUGUCAGGAUACUCCAGGAAAUUAUUCUCCCUCUUUCCUCCCCACCCCAUGCCUCAAAAGAGGCUUGACUUGGGAUGCAUAAUUUCAGUUUCAUUCCCUUUUGUCAUUUUCCCAGACUUCUCCACAUUUCCUUGUCAGUUUGCGUUUUAAAAAAAAGUUAAGGUUUUUUCCUCCCUCACAACGCAAACAUAAUUCCUAGUGACGAAAACAAAAUGAUUCCCCACAAAGUACAUCUCUUUAUUCAACUAUGCAUUAUUGCAAUAUUCUCAAAUGGGGGGUCUUGUUUUCUAAAAUAACAAGAACAUAUUUAAUAGCUGUUCUAGUCAAAACAAGCAAAUGAAAGUCGAGCCUUGAGAGGACAUAACACGGGGACUUUGCUGAAACUAAUUAGUUUUUUGCCAGUGCCUGGGAACACCGCCUUGAAUUCUGUGGAAAAAAAUAUAGUGAAUAUAAAUGAUAAUAAUAAUAUUAUAAUAAUUUAUUAUUUCUACCCCACGUAUCUGGCUGUGUCUCCCCAGCCACUCUGGGCGGCUUCCAACAAAAGAUUAAAAAUACAUUAAAACUUCAGUCAUUAAAAACUUCCCUAAUGAAACAAGUUGUUAGAGUUCUAGUAAUGAUCAGUGAUUAAUGGUAGAGGUGAAGAAAUUAUUCAGGAUUUACAGUACAAAUCCUAUGUGACUCUAAUCCGCCCCUGAGCUCAGUGGAGCUUACUCUCCCAGUUUCAGGCCUGGCUAUGGGAUAGACACAGCCAUGGUUGUCUUGUUGGACAACUUACAAUGAAGGCUGGAUGAGGAAGUUCAGUUGGAUUGGUUCUCCUGAACCUCUAAGUAACUUUCCAUAUCAUCAAACAUGGUAUCUUUCUGGAGCAUUUUGCUGGGUUGGCCAUUGACCUACGGUGUGCCACAAGAUUCCAUUGUGUGCCCUGUGCAUUUUAACAUCUGCAUGAAAAAAUUGAGGGAAGUACAGUCGUAUCUUCGUUCUCAAACGCCGAAAACCGGGAAGUAAGUGUUCUGGUUUUUGAAUGUUUUUCGGAAGCCAAACAUCCAACACGGCCUUCGCUUGAGUGCAGGAAGCUCCUGCAGCCAAUCAGAAGUUGCGUCUUGGUUUUGGAACAGUUUCGGGAGUUGAAUGGACUCCCGGAAUGAAGUGUGUUCAAGAACCAAGGUUCCACUGUAACCACAGAGGUUUUGGCUGAAGUGUCAUCACUCUGUGAGUGAAAAUUUUGUUUCCAUCUGCUUCUCCAAGGGAGGUGAUGCUCUGUAUAUGGCUGCUUUUUAAAGAUAAUUUGGAACCUUCCAGCAGUGAGCAAUAUGGCGGCCCAUGUGACUUAGACGUGUUUUAUUGCUUUUAAAUGUCACUAGUGUUAUUUGUUCUUCAUUUUUAGCAUUAUGUUUUUGAAUAAUCAAUGUGCAGUAUAAAUAACUGUAAACUUCUGUGUCACCUUGGGAAGGGCAGCUUAUAAAUAUUAUAAAUAGAUAUAUACAGUGUGUACAAGAAUGAACUCUUUGCUUCCUAAAUUCUUCUUUGACUUCCUAAGGCUUCCUAAAUUCUACUUUGAUGACAGGUUGGUUUGUUUUUUUAACACACACAAUAGAAUUGGCCUUCAGUCAAUUGCACUAUGGAUUAUGUUUUAUUUUAAUGAUAAUUGAUUGUAUUCCCUUCUGGGAUCAUUUUGUAUGAUGAAAACAGGGACAGAAUGAACAAACGAAUGAGUGAAAUAUUUUUAAGACGUACAAACAGGAAUCAUGGGGCAUUGGGUGACAAACCACUGGGUAAUGGCAAAGCCGAAGACAAUUGUUGUCAUUUGUUUGCUCAUGUUAUACUAUUUGUAUUUAUUUUUAUAUUAAAAAUUCUGUCCCACCCUUCUGGUCCGUAUGGCGGUACUCAGAGUGUCUUGCAACAAUUUAAAACCUUACUGUCCUUUAAAAACAACACAUGUGUUUUUGAAAUCCACAUAAUCGUGAAUCCCUUCCUGAAGUUUCAGUUUUAUAUUGUAAAAUGCCCUGUGAUCCUUGGAUGAAGAGCUGCAUAGAAACUUAAUAAAUAAUAAAUAAUAAUAAUAAUUCAGUUAAAGUUCAGUGAAAAUACAACAGAAGCAGAGACAUGAACCACACCUUUAAAGUAAAAUAUUAGGUGCUUAGCAAAGAAAAAGCUUGCCAAACUUUAUAAAAGUCUUCACCUUCUUUUCUUCUCCUUCUUUGGCGAUCACUCGUAGCCGAGUAAGAUUGUCUUCCAUAAACACGGUUUUAACAAUGAGUCCGUAAGUGAUGGUGGAGGCCAGUUGUAUCCUCACCAACCAGCACAUGACAACUAGAGAGUGGCUUUUUUACUUCUGCAUGGUGCAUGGUUUUGGUGCACCUCAAAAGCCCUAUCUCUUGCCACAAUCAGUUGUGCUCCACGCUAAGAGGAGUGAAGGGAGCAGGUAAAUAGAUAUAGCAGAAUGUAUUCCUUUGGGUAUUUUGGAUCCGAGGCCUUUGGGUCAAAGCUUUAUGACCCGAUAGUUACAUGGUCCUCCAAGGAAGGAGAAGAAGUUUGGAUUUGAUAUCCCGCUUUAUCACUACCCUAAGGAGUCUCAAAGCGGCUAACAUUCUCCUUUCCCUUCCUCCUCCACAACAAACACUCUGUGAGGUGAGUGGGGCUGAGAGACUUCAGAGAAGUGUGACUAGCCCAAGGUCAUCCAGCAGCUGCAGGUGGAGGAGCGGGGAAGCGAACCCGGUUCACCAGAUUACGAGUCCACUGCUCUUAACUACCACACCACAAUGGCUACGUGUCAAUGCCCCCCAAAAUGUGUGUAGUAAAAAAAGUGCCCUCGCACACACGUAUGUAUACCAGAGCACGCACACACACACCAUGAUGGGCUGUGGAAUUUGGAUCCUUGGCCCUCGAUGGAAAUCGUAGCACAAUUUUGACCGCACACAAUUUCCCCCACAUCCUUUCCCCCUGGCAACUGCAGCAGAAAUCUGUGCCAGGUACUUCACCAUGUGACCCAAAUGAGAUCGGUAGGACUGCAUUUGUUUUUGUAUCUGCUGCCACCAAACUACCAGGGGUUUUCAGGGGCCGUAUCAGACUACGCAUUUACCACCUAAUUGCAGGGUUUUAAAUGUAGCUACCAGUGCUUUGAAUUAUGCUGAGAUGCAAAUAUGAAAUUGAGUUGCCGCAGUCUCUCCAAAACUGUUCUUCCAGAACCGGAAUUACUCAAAUGCUCUUGUAUUUUUGAUGACUGCAUAGUGGGGAGACUUUAGGCAGAUGCUGCAGUUUCCCUUCCUUGAGUGUGCUGGCAAGAGAAGGAGUAUUUGUCAAGGUCUCCUUGACACGCUGCUGCUGCCACAGGCCCAUUCUUUGAGUCAGGAUUUGGCAACUGCGUUUGACUGAUUCUGAUUUAACUACACAAAUUUUGCCCGCAUCUCCUUUCCUUCUAGAGAAGUUUCUCUUUAGUGGAGUUAGAAUAUGCUUCAAGUAGGUUUGCUCUAAUUAAGCUUUCUUUCUUGCCUUUAGAAUUAGAAGAUGGUCAGAAACAAGCGAUGGUCAGCGAGAGGACGGAAACCUUCACCACUUCAAGAAAUUUAUUGGCCUCGGGAGCAGAUGCCAUUGAAAGGAUUAUGUCUUCUUACAAAGAGGUACUGGAUGAAAUACGCUUGAAAGCAGAAAUAAUAACAAUGGGGGGUUUUUUUGGGGGGGGGAGAAUUGUAAACGUAGUCUAAAAUGCAAUUGUGUAUACCCAUUUGAGGGAGGGUGGGAACAGGAAGACAAGAUUCACAGGAAGCUUCAAAAGAUCCUUAAUAUAGUCACUAUUAAAUCCCAAGGUUGCGUGUUUUAAGAGCAUUUGUUGUGUCUGCUUUUGAAUAUAGUCGUAUCUUGGAUCCUGAACGCCCUGGAACUCGGACGUUUUGGCUCCUGAACGCCGCAAACCCGGAAGUGAUUGUUCCAGUUUGCGAAUGUUCUUUUGGAACCCGAACAUCCGACGGGGCUUCCGUGGCUUCUGAUUGGCUGCAGCAGCUUCCUGCAGCCAAUCAGAAGCUGCGAUUUGGUUUCUGAACGUUUUGAAAGUCGAACGGACUUCCAGAACGGAUUCCGUUCGACUUCCAAGGUACGACUGUAUUUCUUAUAAUGACCACAGAUGCAAGUCUUCCUAAGGAAUAAAUAGACUUGAAUCCCAAGUUGCUCCUCUAUUCGCAUAAAGUGAUUUUCACCAACUUCCCCCUCCAUCAGCAGCUUCCUGCAGGAUAUUUCACACCAUUCUCAAGAAUUCCCCAAUCCACCCAGCCACCACCAGCAGGGGGCUGGGAGAUAGGGAACUCCUGUUAAGUGAAUGUAAAUAGCUUGGGGUUUGGGGGAUGUAUGCUGCCUGGAGUUUUUGAAAUAUUGCUUUGUACAUGCAAUUAGAAAGGAAGGCUGGGAUCCAAAUUAUAGAGACCGUCAUUGGGGGAAGGGUGAGUUGCCACCACAGCCACUGUACACGGUGGUGUAGCAUCAGUUGCUGGUGCCCAGGGUGGGUGGGUGGGUGCGGGCGCUGGGCGCUGGGCGGGGAGGGCGUCAGCCCAUCCGAUGCCACUGGAACAACCGCAUCCCCACCGGAGCAAAGUGGGGCUAUACUGAGACACCUGCCCACCUGCCUAGGGGAAGACCAGCCGGCCGACACGGCCCUUGACACCCUGCUCCUGCCAACCUAGCAGUUCGAAAGCAUGUCAAAGUGCAAGUAGAUAAAUAGGGACCACUCCAGUGGGAAGGUAAACGGCGUUUCUGUGCACUGCUCUGGCUCGCCAGAAGUGGCUUAGUCAUGCUGGCCACAUGACCUGGAAGCUGUACGCCGGCUCCCUUGGCCAGUAAAGCGAGAUGAGCGCCGCAACCCCAGAGUCGGCCACGACUGGACCUAAUGGUCAGGGGCCCCUUUACCUUUACCUUUACUCCAUACAGGCAACGUUUUAAUGUAAGUUAAGGUUUGCAGUCUACAAGUCCAAACUUAAGCGCCAGAGACGGUUAAAAACUGUGUGCUUAUUUACCAAGUUGGUUUAUAUUUCUGCAAGUUCUUGCUGUGAAAUAGAUGUCCACAUUAUUAUUAUUUAUUAUUUAUUCAUGAUGAAACCAAUACUAUGCAAUGUAAUACUAGAGCGACACAAAUCUGUUGAAUUGUGUAGAAAGUUCCAACACCAAGUUCCUCAUUUUUUGCCAGGACUGUUUUUGAACCCGGGUUGCUUGGGCUAAAAGACAACCCAAACCUGCAUCUCGAACUGUCAUCAUUUCUGACAGGUUUGAGAUGGCUAGCUGUCAAGAUUUUUAAACUGCAUUUAUUCAUUGUUUAAAUGGCCACUCUGGGCUCCUUCUGGAAGGAGAGGCAAAAUGAAAAUAAAUAAUAAUAAUCUUAAUAUUCAGUACAAACUUUUCAAACAAAUGCCAACACCUACUCAGUCUGGUUGAGCCUUCAAAUAAAGAGUUAUAUGUGACUUCUUUCCACCAGGAUGUCUCCGGGUGUUCAUCCAAGUGUACAUUGGAAUGCACAUUUCGUUGAGAACUGUGCAGGGUAGGGUUAUAUAGUUCAGAAGACAGGUGAGCAAGCAGGGACAUUAUAGACACCUGAUAAUGCUAUGAUAUCAGGUGACUCAUUUUUCCUUUCCAGUGUGGUGGGCUGUGCUAGAAUGGAAAAUCUUAGUACAGAUUAGCAGGCCUUGAAGCUACUGCUCAGACACAGAAUCCUCAAAUUGUGAGGUGAAUUAGAUCACCAAGAGUUUUGUUUGGUUGGUUGGUUGGUUGUUUCCCUCUUGGCGUUCGCCUCAGCCGCCGGAAGCAUCCCAGCCGCCAUUUUGUCUCGGGCGAUGGUGGUGGUGGGGAAAGAUAACCAAGAGACGUGUGGUGACUGCGGUGUAAGUCUUUUAUAAUAUUUUAACAAGGAUUUAUAUAUUGUAAUGUCUGAAGUAUGAAUUUGGAAUUAUUGAUUAUGAAAAGUAUUCUUUUCCUUCAUUUUUUUGGGUUUCUUUUAUUUUUUGUCUGUCUUCUUUUCUAGUCUGCAUUCUGGAAAAUUGUAUAGAUAAAUGUUUUUCUGUACGGUUAUGCAUUGUUUCUAUUUUUUUUAUUUUUUUUUAUGUAACAUUUAAUAAAAUUUAAUUUUUUUUAAAAAAAGAAUCCUCAAAUUGUAGACCUGGAUAGGACCCUGAGGAUAAUCUAAACCAAGCCCCUGCAAGGCAGGAAUACGCAGCAGUCCCAUACAGGGAUUGAACCUGCAGCCUUGAUGUUAUCAGCACCAUGCUCUAACCAACUGAGCUUAUCCAGGCUUUAAACCAUGGUUAGGCAAACUAAGGCCUGGGCGCUGGAUCUGACCCAAUCGCCUUCUAAAUCCGGCCUGCGGACGGUCCAGGAAUCAGCAUGUUUUUAAAUGAAUAGAAUGUGUACUUUUAUUUAAAAUGCAUCUCUGGGUUAUUUGUGGGGCAUAGGAAUUCAUUCUUUUUUUCUUUUCCAAAAUAUAGUCUGGCCCCGCACAAGGUCUGAGGGACAGUGGACUGGCCCCCUGCUAAAGUAGUUUGCUGACCCCUGCUUUAAAGCUUGAUCGGCACCAACUUCAGGCUUCACUUUUCUCUGGGAUCAGCUGUGAUUGGCUGGGAAUCUCGGUAGGGCUGCCAAUCUCAGUAGAUAUCUUACUAUCUUAGCAGAGUGUCUGUGGCAGGACCUUUCUGUAAUGUUUUAAUGUCACUUCCAGUGACGAAGGCAGAGACAUCUUCUCCCUACAUGAACCCCUGAUCCCCAGCUGUGUUUUAAUUGGCACCUAGCAACCUAGCAUUCCUGCCAACCUAGCAGUUCGAAAGCACGUCAAAGUGCAAGUAAAUAAAUAGGUACCGCUCUGGCGGGAAGGUAAAUGGUGUUUCCAUGCGCUGCUCUGGUUCGCCAGAAGCGGCUUAGUCAUGCUGGCCACAUGACCCGGAAGCUGUACGCCGGCUCCCUCGGCCAAUAAAGUGAGAUGAGCGCCACAACCGCAGAGUCGUUCACGACUGGACCUAAUGGUCAGGGGUCCCUUUACCUUUACCUUUAGGAAGGCAUAGUGGAAGCUAGUGGAGAAGUCCCAGCCCUUGCUGCUUUAAUAGAAAGCACCAUGGGGAGAACAGGACAGGAAACCUACUGCUGCCCUCACAAAAGGUGGCAUUUUAAAUGUGUGUGUCACUUUUUAAGACGCUGUUGCUUCUGGCCACUUAUUAUUAUAUAAUCAUCAUCAUCAUCAUCAUCAUUCUUAUCCUGCCAAUCUGGCUGGGUUGUCCCACCCACACUGGGCAGCUUCCAACACAUAUAAGAACAUACUGUACUGGCCUGAAUAUACCGUAUUUUUUGCUCUAUAAGACUCACUUUUUCCCUCCUAAAAAGUAAGGGGAAAUGUGUGUGCGUCUUCUGGAGCGAAUGCAGGCUGCGCAGCUAUCCCAGAAGCCAGAACAGCAAGAGGUAUCGCUGCAUUCGCUGCACAGUGAUCCCUCUUGUUUUUCUGGCUUCUGAGAUUCAGAAUAUUUUUUUUCUUGUUUUCCUCCUCCAAAAACUAGGUGCGUCUUAUGGUCUGGUGCAUCUUAUAGAGCGAAAAAUACGGUAAGCCUCACUUUCCCCCCAAAUUCCGACCAUGAAAAGUUAAAGUGCGGCUUAAAUUCGCGGCCUUACAAAAAUUGGCUUUUACGAUAUCACUGCUGAAACAGGCAUACGGUAAAAUGGAACGGGUGUGAGUGCCUGCGGAAUGUUGUCUCUGUUCCUCCCCCCUUGAAUUUUAAAGCUGCGGCUUAUAUUCGGGUGCGGGUUAUAUUUGGGCCAAUACGGUAACAAAACAUCGAACAUUAAAAACUUCCCGACAAAGGGCUGCCUUCAGAUGUCUUCUAAAAGUUGCUCUUUACCUCCUUGACAUCUGAUGGGAGGACGUCACUGCUGAGAAGGCCCUACCCUCUGCCUGGUUCCCUGUAACUUCAGUUCUUUCAGUGAGGGAGCUGCCAGAAGGCCCUCAGAGCUGGACCUCAGUGUCCAGGCUCAAUGACAGUGGUGGAGAUGCUCCUUCAGGAGCAAAGGCUGUUUAGGGCCUUAAAGGUCAGCUCCAACAUUUUGAAUUGUGCUUGGAAACAUACUGGGAACCAGUGUAGAGCCUUUAGGCCCGGUGCUAUAUAUGGCCCCGGUGGCUGCUCCCAAUCACCAGUCUAGCUGCUGCAUUCUGGAUUAAUUGUAGUUUCCGUGUCCCACGUAGCCCCACGUAGAGCGCAUUGCAGUAGUCCAAGCAGGAGAUAACCAGAGCAUGUACCACUCUGGCGAGACAGUUAAACAUCCUGGCUCCCACCCAAACUGGCAAACCAGUUUGGACACACACACAGGUUACCAGCCCCGUUUCAGGGCACAGAGAGCUCAGUAGCAGGGAUGAAGCCCAAAACUUCUGCCAGCCCUCAGUUAAUUUAUGGAAUUUGCUCUGAGAAGACCUGCUGAUGCCCACAAGCUUAUAUGGCUUUGGAAAGUGGGAGGGGAGACAGUGAUAGCUAGCUGUGACCUCCAGGUUCAGAUACGCUAUACAGUGGUACCUCGGGUUAAGAACUUAAUUCAUUCCAAAGGUCCGUUCUUAACCUGAGGUACCACUUUAGCUAAUGGGGCCUCCCACUGCUGCUGCACGGCCGCGCGAUUUCUGUUCUCAUCCUGAAGCAAAGUUCUUAACCCAAGGUACUAUUUCUGGGUUAGCAGAGUCUGUAACCUGAAGCGUCUGUAACCUGAAGUGUCUGUAACCCAAGGUACCACUGUACCUUUGAAUGCCAGUUGGUGGGAGAAGAUUCACAAUGUAGAUGCCUUUAGCACUACUUGUCAAUCUUUUUAAAAUAGUGGGGUUUAGACAUGGGCAGGAACAGAUCAGGAAGGCAAUUUAUCUCUACUUAACACCCAUUCAUUAUAACCCUUGUGGUGGGUACCAUUUUAUGACCCCAAUUUUGUUUUGUUAAAGUCAAUCUUUCAGUUAUCGCUCAAAUGCUUUUCUAGUUAAAAAGAGGUGUGUAAGAUCAUAACGCUAUGGAAUUCGUGUUGUGCAGCAGUAUAGGAUUAAAGCAGCAUGUUGUUGUAGCGCUGGACAUCUCUCUUCGUUUUCUUUUAAAGCCAGAAAAAUCCUACAGCUGUAUUUAAAAAUCAAUUGCAAUAUAAAAGCAGGGAUGUAAAAUGGUUACAGUGGAUGCAUGCUGUGUUGAAUCUGGCUGCACCUACAGCAGCAAUGGCAUGUCUAGAACACUGCCGGACGUAGACAUAAAAAAAUCACAGUAUGCUUGAAAGUGUGUGCAAUAGUAGUCUGAGUGUUGUUGCGUUUGACCCGCUAUGUGAGCAUGCAUGAGUGUGUGUGCAUGCACACAUGCAUGUAGAUCAGGAGUCAGCAAACUUUUUCAGCAGGGGUCUGGUCCACUGUCCCUCAGACCUUGUGGGGGGCCGGACCAUAUUUUGAAAAAAACAUAUGAAUGAAUUCCUAUGCCCUACAAAUAACCCAGAGAUGCAUUUUAAAUAAAAGCGCACAUCCUGCUCGUGUAAAAACACCAGGCAGGCAGGCCCCACAAAUAACCCAGAGAUGCACUUUAAACAAAAGGACACAUUCUACUCAUAUAAAAACACGCUGAUUCCCAGACCGUCCGCGGGCCAGAUUGAGAAGGCGAUUGGGCCGGAUCCGGCCCCCGGGCCUUAGUUUGCCUACCCAUGAUGUAGAUGAAUUGGGGAGUCCACAACAGACCAUUAAUCCAGUUUUUGUUCACAUGCAAAAUUCCUCCUUCAAAUAACAUCUCAAGCAAAUGUUUCCGGGAGGGAAGGGGGGAAUAAAUUGGUAAACAGGCGUCAAACCCUACUUUAAAUCAAGCAGUGGGGUGUUCUGACACUUGCCUAGAAUUUAAUGUUUACGAGUGCAUCUGAAAGUGUGUCUUUGACAGGCAAGCAGGAGCGCAUUAGGCCUAGAGUUGCUUUCUAUAUCAGUCACCAGAUGCUGGUUGAAGCCAAGUGAACGGCGUUGCCUUUCUCUAAGAAGUUGGCAGCAGAAAUGAAAAAGAGAAGUACUUAUUCUUUCCUUGAGGUUGUUGUUUAUUGGUCCACAAAUCACUUACAGACAGCUUAAAGCUGCUGAAGUUUUUCCUGCCCCUGCCAUCCAGUGAUUUUCAGGUGGUGGUGUCAUCAUCAUACACUACGCUAAGAAGCUGAAUUUCUAUAGGAAGCUCCUAUCUUUAGGAAGAAAUAUCUGAAUGUCCAUCAAAAUUGGAUUCAUUGCUUUCAUGGAAUCAGCUUGUUCCCCUGGAAUAACAGAACACAAUGCACAUUACACGGCGGUAUGCUUGGUAGAGUAAAAGCACGUGCUACAAUAAUUCAUCGGCACAGUUCUGUUUUUAAUCUUAGCAAUCGUUUAUCGUUUUGCAGGUCACAGAGUUAGCAGGCUACACAGCUCGUGUGUACAACAUGUUUUCAGUCUUCGAUGAAGUGAAGAGGGGCAUUUACAAAAGGACAGCUGUUUCUCAAGAAUGUGAAAGCAACAAUAAGAAAAGAGAUAAAACAGAGCAACAUAUCGAUGGCCCAUUGGAAAUCAAGGGUAAUGAAUGAUGCAUUUUUAAAUUUUUUUAAAGAUUCCUCUUUAACAGCUUGCAGUUUGAAAUUGAAACCCUGGGACAGCUAUUUAAACAAAACUAUCCACUUAAUUCAUUUCCUUUGCCUAGAAUAAUAGAUCCUGGUACCUUCUGGUCCCAGCUAUGCAUAUUCCACAUCCAACUCUUGACUUUUAUAAACUGUUUUCUGUGAGAUGCUAAAGGCCGAUCUGUGCAUUUAAUAAUAAUAAUAAUAAUAAUAAAAGCAACAUGGUACCUGGUUCCUGUGGCUGCACCAUUUCAGAUGGAAGGUGACUUACCUGAAUACUCCACCACUUCAAAAUCCCCCUGCACAUGGAAACAUAGUAUGUCAGGAAGAUAAUUCUAGUUUAGUAUUCUCCAUGAUAGAAUGAAAAAUGUGGCAGUGCAUUUCAAACUUUCACUUUUCCACCUUGGUACAAUCCCAGGAAUUGUAUGAGUACAUUUGCGUGAAGGUCUUCUGCUAAUGGAAUUCCAGUAUUUUCAUUCAGCUCUCCCUUUCUCUGCUUUCCUCUUCAUGCCUCUUACUUCUCAUGGGACACCAUGCUGCUUGCCUUCCAGUAGCCCUCUCUAAAGAAAUUGUUGUAACUCUUCAUCUAAUACUUAUUUUAUUUUCUGGCUUAUCCAGAAAACUUCCCUCCCCAUUAUCUCCCUUCUCUUUAACUAACCUUAGUAAAUACUCUUUUCUUGUUCAUUGCUUCCAAUGCAUACUCUUCCCCCCAAAGCUGAUUUUUGACCGCCCCUCAUUCUGUCUAUUAACAUGUAUAUUAUUUUGGGGGUCAUCUUGCUUGCAGGAUUGUUAAAUGGUGGCUUUUAAGGUGCUGCUUUAAAUAUGUAUUGAAUUCCACAGCAUCCUAGCAUGUUGUGAAAUAGGGUAGGAUUGGAGGACUUACUCAAACUAAGAGAACUUGUUGUUGUUUAGUCGUUUAGUCGUGUCCAACUCUUCAUGACCCCAUGGACCAGAGCACGCCAGGCACUCCUGUCUUCCACUGCCUCCCACAGUUUGGUCAAACUCAUGUUGGUAGCUUCGAGAACACUGUCCAACCAUCUCGUCCUCUGUCGUCCCCUUCUCCUUGUGCCCUCCAUCUUUCCCAACAUCAGGGUCUUUUCCAGGGAGUCUUCUCUUCUGAUGAGGUAGCCAAAGUAUUAGAGCCUAAGCUUCAGGAUUUGUCCUUCCAGUGAGCACUCAGGGCUGAUUUCCUUAAGGAUGGAUAGGUUUGAUCUUCUUGCAGUCCAUGGGACUCUCAAGAGUCUCCUCCAGCACCAUAAUUCAAAAGCAUCAAUUCUUCAGCAAUCAGCCUUCUUUAUGGUCCAGCUCUCACAUCACUACUGGUAAAACAUAGCUUUUACUAUACGGACCUUUGUCGGCAAGGUGAUGUCUCUGCUUUUUAAGAUACUGUCUAGGUUUGUCAUUGCUUUUCUCCCAAGAAGCAGGCUUCUUUUAAUUUCGUGACUGCUGUUACCAUCUGCAGUGAUCAUGGAGCCCACGAAAGUAAAAUCUCUCACGGCCUCCAUUUCUUCCCCUUCUAUUUGCCUGGAGGUGAUGGGACUAGUGGCCAUGAUCUUAGUUUUUUUUAUGUUGAGCUUCAGACCAUAUUUUGCGCUCUCCUCUUUCACCCUCAUUAGAAGAUUCUUUAAGAGAACUUACUGAAAAGUAAUUUCUGGUUCUGCAGUGAGGUUUCAAAUCGUGUGCACUUUUCUAAAUUGUAACCACAUUUUCUGGUUAAGUUUUGUGUUCUGAGGAUAGUUCUCCCAGCUCUCUUUCAAAGUCCAUGAAUUGAAAAUUAGAACCUUUCUAUGCAGGAGGGAGACUGUAAAGGAGACAAUCUCCACUUUACAUAUUUCUAACUACAUCUCGGGUAGGUAUUGUACCCUAUACCGUUAUGUCUCCUUCACUUCUCAUGAUCAAAAGUGUAUAAUAAAUCAGUUAUAUAGCCCACUACUGUAUUUAUUGUAAUCUACAAUUAUAGAUUACAAUAUUAUAGGGACGCGGGUGGCGCUGUGGGUUAAACCACAGAGCCUAGGACUUGCCGAUGAGAAGGUCGGCAGUUCGAAUCCCCGCGACGGGGUGAGCUCCCAUUGCUCAGUCCCUGCUCCUGCCAACGUAGCAGUUCGAAAGCAUGUCAAAGUGCAAGUAGAUAAAUAGGUACCGCUCCGGUGGGAAGGCAAACGGCGUUUCUGUGCGCUGCUCUUGUUUCACCAGAAGCGGCUUAGUCAUGCUGGCCACAUCACCCGGAAGCUGUACACCGGCUCCUUCGGCCAAUAAAGCGAGAUGAGCACCGCAACCCCAGUCGGUCACGACUGGACCUAAUGGUCAGGAGUCCCUUUACUUUUACAAUUAUAGUGGCAUACAACAAUGGGGGUUAGGGAAGGUCAUUCUAUAAAUACAUUGUCAAAAGUGUGGCUAUAGUAUGCUGCUACAGCUUUAGUCGUUCCCUGGUUACAAAUCUGGAUUAUUUAAAAGCAUAUCUGAACUCUUGUUAAUCUUCAGAGAAAUGCUGCCAGACUUUAUAAUGAAUCUAUUGUUUAUUUUACAUUAGGAACAAUAGUUGAAUAGUUUUCAACUAUUUGGAACAGUUUUAAGUCUUUGAGAAAAGGUAUUUCAUUCAUUCAGUGAUACAUUCUUGCGAUGAAGAAGGGUUUCAGUAUUUAGCUUAGACAUGUGGAUUCAUAUAAGUUAAAAAAAAAGUCAAAUGGCUUCGCCUUUCUUAUUACUUUCUGAACAGUUUCUGCUCAUCUGUAGCGAAGCGUGCUUUGGAUAUCGAAAUACGAUGCUAAACCAGUGAAUUCAGAAGCUAGAGGCUGGUUUCAGUGUAAUGUUUAAGAUCAGAUUCACGGAAGCAGCUGUGAGACUCCUGUUUAGCAUUAGGUAAGGCAGUGCCCUUCACAUCCAGCCAAAAGGAGACAGGCUAACCUUUCUGCGGCCCAACACACAACACCGUAUUCCAGCUAAUGGCUGGAAAGAGCGUUCAUGCUCCAUCUGCUGGGACUUAAAAGAAAUAACCAUGCAGUGUGCUUUAAUGCUGUUUAAUCACCCCUAAUACCAUUCAUUCUCUCUAAUGCUAAGUGAAGGUGAAGCCAAGGAGUGCUUUGCAGACUUAGAAGAUCCUGAAAGGAGAAGGGUGGGUUCAGAAGUUGUGCUGUAGCCUAGGGCUUGCCAAUCAGAAGGUCAGCGGUUCGAAUCCCCGCGACGGGGUGAGCUCCCGUUGUUCGGUCUCUGCUCCUGCCAACCUAGCAGUUCGAAAGCACAUCAAAGUGCAAGUAGAUAAAUAGGUACCACUCUGGCGGGAAGGUAAACGGCAUUUCCGUGCGCUGCUCUGGUUCACCAGAAGCGGCUUAAUCAUGCUGGCCACAUGACCCGGAAGCUGUACACCGGCUCCCCUGGCCAGUAAAUCGAGAUGAGUGCCGCAACCCCAGAGUCAUUUGCGACUGGACCCUAACGGUCAGGGGUCCGUUGCAUGAAUAAGCCCUCCCAAGACUGACAGCUUUUUGUCUGUCUUCCUGUACAUGUGUGUGCUUCACUAACAUGUUGUAAUUUUUGUUUGUUUGUUUUACUUGUAGGAAGAGUAAUAGAUGUUGAUCAUGGAAUUAUCUGUGAAAACGUUCCUAUCAUUACCCCAAAUGGAGAUGUGGUGGCGUCAAGGCUAAACUUCAAAGUAAGACGAUGUGCAAGAAUCUUCCGACCGUGGCCACCACAGUUAGCAUAAAUGCAGCAUGGAGUUCCUGUACCUUCUGUUAAUUAAUUGGACAACAAUAUAUAAAAGAGGGGGAAUCAAGCAAAGCAGACGUAGUGACUCAAAGCUAGAAGCUUAUAGUUUCUCUGACUUUAGUAAACAGGGAGACAUGAUUCCCUUUCCCAUGCUGAGGCCCGCACAUUAAAUCAAUGUGCAGAGGAAAACAGGCAUCUAUUGGUUUUUGCCCCUGUCCAUUGCAGAGAUCAUGAGAAAAGACUAUAUAUGCAUGUAAACUAUUACACAUCUAGGAUCAGUACUUGUAGUAAGGAGCCCUUGCCAGGCCCCGUGUAAGUACAGUCCUUUUUCUUGUUCCACCCAAUGAGUGGAUCAUAGAAGUAUAUAGCCGGAAGGGACAGCAAGGGUCAUCUAGUCCAACCCCCUGGAAAGCAGAAAUCUGUUGCCCAAUGUGGGGCUCAAACCCCCCACCCUGAGAUUAAGAGUGCCGUGCUAUACUGACUAGAUAGAUAGAUAAACUUUAUUUGCAUUAGCCAACGGCCGUAGCAACAUAAAACAAGCAAUCGAUACAAUUAAAAAACAACAACAAUGGAUAAAAAGGACCAUCAAAUGACCAAGACCAUCGUUCAAAUAGUGGCCCUUAAUCUCAUUGCACCCUCGAUAAACCUAGCAACCUUUGCUGUUGUCUGAUCAUUCUGAUCUGAUAACAGGAAGAACAGUGUGGCCUCAGAUGGGCGGCCUGGGAUGUUAAGUAGGAGUGGGGUGAAGAUCUCAUUCCUCAGGUCUUUAUAAAGGGGGCAAGACAAGAGAACAUGAGCCACUGUUUCCAGUUUGCCAUCUCCACAGGGGCAGAGUCGCUUCUCAGUUGUAAUCCUUCGGUAUCUGCCCUCAAGUAUGGCAGAGGGCAUCACAUCCAAUCUGGCCAAUGUGAAGGCACGUCUGUAUUUUGGGAUGGUUAAUUUAUACAAAUAUGGUGCCAGGGAGUCAAACUGGGGGGGGGGGGAGGCAUACCAAGGGCAGCGCUUCUUCAUAAUGGCCAGAUUGUUCUGUUGCUCCAAGUCCUUCAGACGCUGUUCAAUUAGUGAUUUCAGCUAUACUGACUAAACUAUUGGGAAUGGGGUCACUGGCACACAGACCCUUAGCUUAAGGACAAGGCCAGUUGCUGCAGUUCUGCCACCCUCAAUGCAUUGAUUUAAAUGUGUGGACUGGGAUGUGCAAAGAGGGCUAGACAGUGAGGAUGGCCUUUUCCCAUUAUCAUGCCAUUUCCAGGUUAAUAACAACAGCUGGAACACUCAGAGCACCUAAGAGCUACUCUUGGCUUCCAUUGCUACCAUUAGAUGUCCUAUCUUUGCCUCCUAAGUAGACAAGCAGUUCUGCUUCUUGCCUUAAAAACAUUAUCAAGUCAAGAAAAGAGUACAGUGGUGCCUCGCAAGACGAAAAGAAUCCGUUCCGUGAGUCUCUUCGUCUUGCGGGUUUUUUCGUCUUGCGAAGCAAGCCCAUUAGCGGUUUAGCGGAUUAGCGCUACAGUAUUAGCGGCUUAGCGGAUCAGCUGAUAAGCGGCUUAGCGGCUUAGCUGUUAAGCGGCUUAGCGGAUCAGCUGAUAAGCGGCUUAGCGGAUCAGCUGUUAAGCGGCUUAGCGGAUCAGCUGUUAAUCGGCUUAGCGGCUUAGGAUCAGCUGAUAAGCGGCUUAGCUGCUUGGGGGAAAGGGGGGGGAAGGGAAAAAACCCCGCAGGAACUCGCAAGACAUUUUCAUCUUGCGAAGCAAGCACAUAGGAAAUUCGUUUUGCGAAGCACCUCCAAAACGGAAAACCCUUUCGUCUAGCGGGUUUUCCGUCUUGCGAGGCAUUCGUCUUGCGGGGCACCACUGUAUUAAAGUUGGGUGAGUGCUCUACUGCUGAGACAGCCUUGAGACUUCAGAAUCCGUGAUCCUGAGGGCCAGGAAGAUGGGAAAGCGUGCUUGAUAGCUGGCUGGAAGUAUUAACAGAACCUACUGGGUUUGGUUUUUGUUUUUAGUUACUGAAAAUAAUUUUAACUAGCUGGUGUAUACUUCUUUAAUCUAUCCCACCCUUCUGGGCCGGUUGAUAGCACACAUUCCAUACAUACAUUAUUUCUCAGCACAUUUAAAGCACACAGAUUCCUCCAAAGAAUCUGUGGAAGGAUUGUUCGUGCUGGGAAUUGUAGCUCUCUUGAGGGGUAAACUAGAGUUCCCAGGAUUCAGGUGGGCGUGUGGGUGUGCUUGAUGUGGAUGUGACCCCUUCACUUAGAUUUACAGUAAGAAGUUAGUUUUUCUUCGCUUUCAUCCAGACACCUUUCCUGAGAAUUAAUAAUAAUAAUGAUAAUAUUUGUACCCUGCCCAUCUGACUGAGUUCCCCCAGCCACUUUGGGCAGCAGCUUCCAACAUAUAUAAAAACGUAAUAAAACAUUAAACAUUUAAAAACUUCCCCAUUCAGGGCUGCCUUCAGAUGUCUUCUAAAGGUUGUAUAGUUACUUAUCUCCUUGACAUCUGAUGGGAGGGCAUUACACAGGGUGGGCACCACUACCUAGAAGGCAAGUGGCCAGAAUCUACAUAAGGCAAGGUGUCAGCCUCUACUUUACUCAGUAAUUGUGAAAAACAAAACACUAUGGGGAUUUCCCCCAUAUACUGUGGGAGAAGAAAUGUGUUCUGAAAUUCUCACUUCCCCAAAAGUGUCAGCAACCUUUUAUAGCCGUGGGCCGGUCUACUGUCCCUCAGACCAUGUGGGGGGCCAGACUAUAUUUUUUUUGGGGGGGGGAGAACACAUUCCUAUGUCUCACAAAUGACCCAGAGAUGCAUUUUAAAUAAAAGCACAUAUUCUACUCAUGGGACACGGGUGGCGCUGUGGGUUAAACCACUGAGCCUAGGACUUGCCGAUCAGAAGGUCGGCAGUUCGAAUCCCCGCAAUGGGGUGAGCUCCUGUUGCUCGGUCCCUGCUCCUGCCAACCUAGCAGUUCGAAAGCACGUCAAAGUGCAAGUAGAUAAAUAGGGAAGCUCCGGCGGGAAGGUCAACGGUGUUUCCGUGCGCUGCUCUGGUUCGCCAGAAGCAGCUUAGUCAUGCUGGCCACAUGAUCCGGAAGCUGUCUGCGGACAAACGCCAGCUCCCUCGGCCAAUAAAGUGAGAUGAGCGCCACAACCCCAGAGUCGGUCACGACUGGUCCUAACGGUCAGGGGUCCCUUUACCUUUACUUUAUUCUACUCAUGUAAAAACACCAGGCAGGCCCCACAAAUAACCCAGAGAUGCAUUUUAAAUAAAAGGACACAUUCUACUCAUGUAAAAACACGUGGAUUCCCAGACUGCCGGCGGGCCGGAUUGAGAAGGCGAUUGGGCCAGAUCCGGCCCCAGGCUUUAGGUUAGUGACCCUUGAUUAAUAGCGUAGUGCGUCCAAAGAGACUGGGCCCUGAGAUUCACGAUCUGUCUUUUUGCAGUCUGUAAACAAGGAUUGUAUAUCAGUAAACUGAUCCUGUUCCUUUUAAAAGUCGGUAGGAGCCUUCAGGAUUUGAAGCAUGGCGCAUUUCCAGCCAAACGGACCUUGAGUUUUAAGGAACUAAGCAAAUGUGCAGGCUACGGAAUUGCAAACUUCAGAGCAGACUCUAAAAAAGAAUAAUUAAAUUAGGACAUGGUCAGUAGGGAGGGAAUUUAUCUUUGUGCUUCUGUGUUCUUGAUACAGUUUCCUGAUCCUGACACAUAAGUGCUUCAGCACAGAUGUGCACCCAAGAAUUUCUCUGGCUUUCCCAUUCAUUUUAAUACAUCAUCUGCAUGCAUUAAUUUCUGCGUGUUCUGCAGUUCCAUCCGCUGAGAUGAAGCAGGACUCACCUGAGCAGAGGACACCAUAAAUGGCAGAGUAUCAGCAAUGGAAUUGGACUAUGUGAUUUUCCAGAUAGCCCAUAAUUUUCCCUCGAGGAUCCUUUUAGGGGCUUCCUCCACAGUAAAGAAUAGAAGCAUAUAACCUCUCUCCCUACACAUGCAUAGAUCCAUGUGAUAUCAUUGUUCCACGCUGCUUCCUCAUGGGGUGGGGGGGUGAGUCAUAUGUGAUGAUGAUGAUGAUAAUGAUGAUGAUGAUGGUGAACCCAUUACCUCACCAAGUGGAUAGCAUUGCAUGGCUUCAUAUGCAAAUCAGCUGUUGGCCCAUUGAUGUGAUAAACUUUUUCAGCCACAUUAAUUGGCUGAGAGCUGAUCAUGUAGAUGCUGUGAGCCAGCAAUACUGUAUUUUUUGCUCUAUAAGACGCACCCGACCAUAAGACGCACCUAGUUUUUAGAGGAGGAAAACAAGAAAGCAACGCAAAGCCUCUUGAGCGAAGAGUGAGGAGCGCUCCAGCUGCGCUCAAGAGGCUUUGCGUGGCUAUCGCUGAAGCCAGGAGAGCAAGAGGGAUCGGUGCACACCGAUCCCUCUUGCUCUUCUGGCUUCAGCGAUAGCUGCGCGGCCUGCACUCGCUCCAUAAGACGCACACACAUUUCCCCUUACUUUUUAGGAGGGGAAAAGUGCGUCUUAUACAGCGAAAAAUACUGUGCUUUAUACCUGGCGAAUUAGUAGGUACAUCUUUAUUCCUAGAACUUUCAGUGCUAGGAAAUACAGUGGUACCUCGGGUUACAUACACUUCAGGUUACAUAUGCUUCAGGUUACAGACUCCGCUAAACCAGAAAUAGUACUUCAGGUUAACUUUGCUUCAGGAUAAGAACAGAAUCGGGUUCCGGCGGCGCAGCAGCAGCAGGAGGCCCCAUUAGCUAAAGUGGUGCUUCAGGUUAAGAACAGUUUCAGGAUAAGAACAGACCUCCAGAACGAAUUAAGUACUUAACCCGAGGUACCACUGUAAACACCAGGAAAUCUUUCACACUCCCCCCCACAGAACAUCUUAGUGGGGAAUUCCCAGUAGGGAAUGUGUGCUAAUAUUGCAACCAUGUGGCCAGGGCUGAUUGCGUGGGUCUUCCUCGCCUGCUCAGCACUUCCCUAGGAAUCAUAGAUUUGUAGAAUUGCAGAGUUGGAAGGGACCACGAGGCUCAGCCAGUCCAACCCCUUGCAAUACAGGAAUCUUUCAGCCAAUGUGGGGCUUGAACCCACAACCCUGAGAUUAAGAGUCUUCUGCUCUACUGACUGCGCCAUUCCUCAUUUGGCAGUAGGGGAAUAUAUAUCAGGUGGGAACCACACAAUGAUAACGUUUUACACACAAUGGUAUGAGAUUGUGGCAUAGGGUAUCAGUUCCCACUUCUCUCUGUGUGUAAUUAGUUUUUUGGGGGAGAAGGGGGUGUCUCAUACUUUAUUAGCACUAUAACGUUUAUGAUUGUUGUAACUAUACAUGGUCUCUUUAAAAAGAGACACUUUCUAAGUGCAGAAGGGGUAAAAAUUCUGGUGAAAAAUUGCCAUGUUUAUAUAUAGUUUACUUCCUCCACUCUGAUAUUCAUUUAGAUCUAAAUAUAAUCAUAUGCAUUUUCACUAACGACAAAUUGCUGACAUAGAAUGAGAUCCUAGAUUUCCCAUAUUAAUCUCAGUGCAUAAAGACCGCAAAACUCAACACAUUGUGGAAAGCAAAUGUUACCAUUUUGACCUUAGUGUGGUCAAGUCACCCAAGGAAAGGUUUUGUCCUAAAACUGUAGGCCCAGUCCAAUAAAUAUUGGGAUUCUCUUUGAUUAUGGCACAUGUUGCAUGGGCGUGUUUUUCACACACCUAUUUUUGCAGAAGCCAAAUGUCCCUACUUAGUAAAAAACAAACUGCAGUUGGUUUAUAGCCAAUAGAGGAAGCACGCGGGAAUAAAACACAAGCUAUGAACUAUAUAUAUGAAGCCACUGUUCUUGGUUAUGCUAAAUGGGGCUCCACAUUUAUGUUUCGAUGGCUUUUUUCCUGCCCAAGCCACAGUAGGAGAACAGAAGACUAGUCUAAGAGUGUUUUUUAUGCAUAAUUCUCACUGCAGCAUUCUUCUUCACUGCCGUGUUUUCCCCAAACAUAAUAUUAAAAAGGUCAAUUGUGUGGAUCGCUGCGAAUCAUGUGCAUAAAAAACACUCUUUAAUGCCAAACUGUGGUUUAACAUUCCAGCUUGCAUCGCCCUCCCGCCUCGCCUCUUUCGCCGCAGCAACAAGAAAGAGAUGGGAAGCUUCCGCUUCCAUGUUAGAUUAACCACAGUUUAGCAUGUUGCCUAAACCCUAAACUGUGGUUUGUCAUAACUGUGGUUGCUUGAAACAAGCCUGCUUCCUAAGCUGUAGUUUGAAGUUCAGACUGAAAACCAUAGUUUGUUGAGACGCAGUGUCAUAACUCUAAGCUUUGGUUGACGUUGCAUCAAAGUCAGUCCUGUGUUAGAUUGCUGGUGGAAAUAAUUGCUUUCUCAAAGGUUAUUGUGUUUCUCAUCACUUGUAGGUGGAAGAAGGUAUGCAUCUUCUAAUCACUGGACCUAAUGGUUGCGGGAAGAGUUCUCUCUUCAGGAUUCUAAGUGGUUUGUGGCCUGUCUAUGAAGGAGUUCUUUACAAACCACCUCCUCAGCAUAUGUUCUACAUUCCUCAGAGGUUUGUGCUUUUACUUGUAUCUGUUUUCGCAAAACAAUAUAUUUUUUAUAAAUUACAAGUGUUUCCUGCUUUUGGGAGAUAUAGUGCUCAAGGCAACUCAAAGGAACAAAACAAUUAAAAACAAUUAACCAAUAUAAGGUUAUCGGAGGUCUACAAGUGUCAUCUGGGCUUCUUUGCUUUCUUGGAUUGGGGCAGGGGGCACGUAUUGAUUUUAGAAAAAUGAGAGAAAGGCCAUAGUCAACAACUGUUGACAGACUUCUUAAAAGGCUACACUAGCUUCCACUAGAGUGACGCUAGGGAUGAUUCUCAAUCUCUAAACAGGAAAAAUCAAAAGGAGGAUUACUGAAAUUUUCACACUGGCGUGGUAGGUGGGAGGAUAUAGGAAAAGAGGGGACUUACUCAUCGCCAGAUACAGACACAGGGUAAGCACCAAUUUGAAGAGUAAUUAGGGUGGUCCAGCAGCAGAAUAUUGCUCUAUCUUGACAAAAGCAAGUGGGACUUUUAAUGAUGUUUGGAUCUUGUGCAAUAGCUUGAUUAAAAACUGCCCACUCCUAACAUGAAAAGCACAUUAGCUCUUACCUAGCUGCUGAAAGCAAUGGAAGAGCUGGUAUUGUUGCUUUCCGUGAGAUUCAGCCAUGAAUAACUCUCAACUGAAGUGGGGACAAUAAGCUUAAACCACCAUGAGGCUUUUCUGUGUGAAUAUCUUUCAAGGGAAAGGGGCUUCUGGUGGUGUGUGUGGAACUUGUGGACCUUCAGAUGCUUAUAACUACAACUCCCAUCAGCCCCAACAAGUGUGGCCAGUGGCAAGGAGUGAUGGGAGAUGUAGUUCAGCGACAUUUGAAGGGCCAAGGCCUCACCACAACUGGGCUAGUGCAGGAAAACAUCUAUGGAUUUAUGUCAUUAUUUAUGCCAUCCUUCUUUCCAAAGUAGCCCAGGGCAGCCAACAUAAAAAAGUCAAAACAAUACAUUUUAAAAUGUAACAAAAACCUAUUUAAAACAUUUUGAACCCACCUAAGAACAUUUAAAAAAAUAGAAUAUCUAAAAGCUUACUGGUUUCAAGUUGUCCUGACCUGUAUCUUUUAGCCAUCAAAUGCCUGGGUAAACAGGAAUGUUUUUAAACUUCUCCCGAAAGUCAAUAAUGAAGGAGACAUUGCAGCCAUUGUCUGCUUGAAUCUUACUCAGCACAGUUUGCAAAUGCCACUAUUUGUAUUGGAUUUCUCUGAAUUAGUAGACUAGCCCUUUAAGGCAACAUGCUGUGUUGCCUUCCUAAUUAAAUGUAGCCCUAGCUGAAUCUGCUCAGACAGGGAUUGUCUUGAUUCCAUAUGGUUUAAUUGAGAAUUUUGCUUGCCUUCGUCCGUAAGAACUCUCCAUUUAUAAGUGAAUACACAGAUAGCCUUAGGAAUUGUUUUUGUAUCAUUGUGCCUACUGAUACAGCAUGAGAUAUGGCCCAGAAAUGUGACAAUACAAUUUACCAUUAUAAAAUGUAUAGGAGUAACCUGGGCAAGUCUCCAGGAGGGAAUAUUAGCUUUAGAGAUUAACUGUCAUUUUCUCCCCUACCGUCCCAGGCAUUCUGGCUGUCUGCUAAUUAGAACCAGGGCUUAGAGUUAGAGAAAUCCCAGACAGAGAUUAUAUUUCCUAAAAUACUUUGCACAACGUCAAAGUUGAUAUUUAUAAUGCCCCUUGCCUGGGAGGUUUUGAAUGACGGAGGAUUUGGUCAAAGUUAAGAAACACAUAUUUACACUUGCGCCCUAAGGUGUGUGUAAAUGUCACGUAAUAACUUUUUAAAACCUUUUUUUUAAUAAUAAAAACUAUGUAGAUUACAUCCAAAGCAAACAUUUUGUACAUAAUUUUGCUUUCUUCAUUUAAUUGGUGUUGCAGAUUAUUUUAAUACUUGUUGCUAUUACUUAUUACAUCUACCAGCUGCUUUUCUUCUUCUUCUUCUUCUUCUUCUUCUUCUUCUUCUUCUUCUUCUUCUUCUUCUUUUAUACUCCGCCCAUCUGGCUGGGUUUCCCCAGCAACUCUGGAUGGCUUCCAACACACAUAAAAACAUAAUAAAACAUCAAACAGUAAUAAUAACUGUCUGACCAAUACAAAAAAGUAACAGUAACUUUAAAAGAAACAACUUAUAUCAAAUAAAGCAAGAUUCAACAAUCUAUUAGAAUCUAAUAGUAAGCAGUAUUGUUUGCUGACAUUUAAACAGCUUACACUUACAAUAAAGAAUUACUAAACUACAAUCAAUAAAAGCAGCGGCGAGUCACAAUGCAUAAAAUGCCACAAACCAUACAAAACCACGUAAAAGGAUGGAAUUGAGAAUCAAGAACACGCAGCUUAAUAAAAUUAUUAUUUUUAAAUACCCCUGAACUCCUCUCUUCCCAUCUGCUUCUGCUGUUCUUCACGAAGCUCAAGUGGGGGGGCUUCAGGGUCCUUCCCCUCCCCACGUUAUAGAUAAAGAUCAGCCCAGUGUGGUAGGUUAAGCUGUGAUAGGAUCACUGGCUCAAGGAGCUUCGCGGAUGGAUUGCAGAUUUGAGUAUCCAAUACUCAGACCCAGGGCUAGCAAUAUGACACACACACACACACACACACACACACACACAGCUUUUUGAACCUAGCUUCCAUCUUUACUGACCCUGGGCCAGUUUUAUUCCAACAUCUAGAAAGGACCACAUUGGGUGCCUCCCCCACUCUAACCAUUCUUCCCUACUGGGUUGUAUGGUGCAGUAGAAUAUUUCAAUUCUUUAUGCCCAACCCUUUUUUCAGAGUUCCCUGACUCCGAAUUCUGUCUUCAUAUGCUUAGCAGGAAACAUAACUAUAAACUGAUUCAGCUACCCACACCCCAUUUCAAAAGUCUACAUGUCUUGCGUCCGCCCACUGAAUACAUUUUUCCCAGUUGCCAUAUCUUAGAAACGUGGCACCUUCUUUUUGUAGGCCUUUGGUUGCACAUAUUUGCAUAGUUUUGUCAUGUCAACCUAUCCCAUCUUAGUUCUGCACGUUUAGAAUGGGUUCACAUACUGUAUUGGCCCGAAUAUAAGCCGCACCUUUAAUAUUCAAGGGGGGGGGGAGAGAAAGAAAAGGCAAUACCCAAAUAUAAGCCGCUCCCUUAAAAUUCCGCAGGCACUCACACCCAUUCCGUUUUACUGUAUAUCUGUUUCAGCAGCAAUAUCGUAAAAGCCCAUUUUUGUAAGGUCACAAAUUUAAGCCCCACUUAAACUUUUCACGGUCGGAAUUUGGGGGAAAAGUGAGGCUUAUAUUCAGGCCAACACGGUAAGUGCUUCUGCCUUACUAUAGAUUUGGCCAGUUUCCCCAAUGUGCCUCCCAGCUUGAAGCAGAUACUGACAUCUACAGUGGUGCCUCGCAAGACGAAAUUAAUCCGUUCCGCGAGUCUCUUCGUCUUGCGGUUUUUUCGUCUUGCGAAGCACGGCUAUUAGAGGCUUAGCGGCUAUUAGCGGCUUAGCGGCUAUUAACGGCUUAGCGGCUUAGCGGCUUUAAGAAAAAGGAAACAAACUCGCAAGAACUCGCAAGACGUUUCGUCUUGCGAAGCAAGCCCAUAGGGAAAUUCGUCUUGCGGAACGACUCAAAAAACGGAAAACUCUUUCGUCUAGCGAGUUUUUCGUCUUGCGAAGCAUUCGUCUUGCGGGGCACACUGUAUUUGUUAGGGUGGCAGUUGUUCAAAUACUUGUACUGGCUUGUAUGUAAAUAAUAAUAGCAAUAACGAUCAUGUCAGCAGCAGCUCUUUGUCAGUGUGCUCCCUAGUGGUGAUGUAACAAGAAAGCUGACCGCCUUUUUUACUUGCUGAUGUCACGGUCAUGCAUUACGUUCAGGCCAUGUGUUCUUGUAAUCUUUUCCCCAACUCUAUGGCUCCUCCGUUUGGCACCUGAGCCUUACAAAGGAAGUGUCAUAAAGGGCAGGAAAUGUCCUGACAGCUGCUUGAGAUUUCACAGCGCUGACUUUAUCGUGAUUGACAGCCAGCUCCCUGCUGCGUCUCCCCAGUGGUUCUGAAUCCCUGACGGGGGCAGUUUCUGAUUUGCGCGGCUGCAAGGGAGCCGAUAAAAAUUUCAUGAAAUCAAGGAGCGUUGCUUAACCUGGCUUAUCCUUCAAUCGCACGGCUUCCUUUCCAGAUUAAGGAUUUGUGCUCUUUCUGCGGUUCGGUUGUUUAUUGUGCAAUAAUAUAUUUCUGCCUGUGACAGCAGCUUCUAAUUACGCAUCGUGCUGGGAAAGCUCUAUGAUCCGUGCCCCGUAAACUAUGUUAGCGGGUGUAAGGUAAUUAUGCUCAGGCUUGGUAAUUGAGCUCCUUGAAAUAUUUAGCAGGCGCUCUUGGAUAUUGGAGAGGAAAGCUUACGGUUGGCUAUUUUGGGCUCAAAUCAAUUAUUUAUAUCUGGAGAGAGUUGUGGAAACUGCAGCUUGCCCUAAAACACCCUUGAACUUAUUUCAAUGGAGUGGAAGAAUGCUAUAGACAUCCCACCAGACGUGUAUAUUUUAGCAGUUCCUCCAUAUCCAUCGUCAUGAUGGGCAAAUGUAUAUAACAGAACUUAACUUCCAACAGGGCAAAUCUACGGUACAUUUAUUUUAUUAUUUUAUUUUAUUUUAUUUUAUUUUAUUUUAUUUUAUUUUAUUUUAUUACAAUAAAUAUUUUAUUCUUUAUUCCAUAUAGAAAGUUACAUUUGAUACUCAACAAUCAUAUUCCAAUUCAACAGAACUAGUGACUUCCUUCUUGCCCAACAUCGAUAUUUAUAACCCAAGUUACAUACAAUUAGGGACGCGGGUGGCGCUGUGGGUUAAACCACAGAGCCUAGGGCUUGCCGAUCAGAAGGUCGGCGGUUCGAAUCCCUGUGACGGGGUGAACUCCUGUUGCUCAGUCCCUGCUCCUGCCAGCCUAGCAGUUCGAAAGCACGUCAAAGGGCAAGUAGAUAAAUAGGUACCGCUCCGGCGGGAAGGUAAAUGGCGCUUCUGUGUGCUACUCUGGUUUGCCAGAAGCGGCUUAGAUAGUCAUGUACGCCAGCUCCAUCGGCCAGUAAAGCGAGAUGAGCACCACAACCCCAGAGUCGUCCAUGACUGGACCUAACAGUCAGGGGUCCCUUUACCUUUACCUUUACAUACAACUGCGUUUUAAAGUUCCGUCAUCUAAUUUCAUCCUCUCUAACAUGUUUCCUAAUAUGUUCUGCUAUUUUAUUACACUUCAGACCGCACUGUGGUCUUCGCAUAUGGGAAAUAACUUUUUCUAUAGACCAGAAAGGGUUCCCAGUCUUCUUUAAAAGAUUCUAAAGUUGUAUGUUUUAUCAGUGCUGUCAGUUUUGUAAUAUGCCAUCUUUGCAUAUUACAAGAUUUUUAUCCACCAUUCUUCCAUUUUGGUUCAUAUAGAAUCCUUGCUGCUGUAGUCACAUACAUUAAAACCAUUGAGGCUGCCCUUAGUACAAAUUUACAAUGCAACAUCAGAAUCGCAGUUUGUUAAAGGUGUUGAGGAUUCUUGGUUAAAGACCCCCUUACAGAACUACAGUUCCCAACGUUCCCAGGAGAUGGGGAAUGGUUAUUUAACCCACCGAAGUCUUCGCUAUAAGAAACGCCCUUAGUGUUUAUGUUCUGUAAAAGCCUUCCGUUGUGUUCUGUAGAUCAUUUUUUCAAUAGAUAUUUUUUUCCUAUUCAUUAGCCUUGAGAAUUCCAGCAAAUGUUCAUAGCACAUCUGUAAGAUGCAGGUUUUGAGAGACUGCUGUGUCAGCCCAGCACCCAUAUUAGCCUAAUUCCUAAGCUCUGGAGGGGCGGUUCUCCCAGGAACAACAGAAUAAAAUCAGUCCAGAGGCCUUAAGAAAUUGCCACCAGUACUAGCUCUCACUGCCCAGUUGUUUGUCUCAGUUCUGAUUCUGUGUUUUUAAAUCGCUUUUCAAAUGAUCCAGUCCCCUAUUUAUACAGUUAAUAUGGCCCUUUUAAUGUGAAAAGCGCUUUAGAGUCCAUGAGCUAUCUUCUUGACACAGCACAAUUAUUUCUAGUUUAUGAAGAGAGAAUAGAAGCAAAGGAAUGCUAUUUUAGUCCCCCUCACCUUAAUCUAGUGAGCCCAUUGGUGGAUUUUGAUGGGACCCCACAUUUUCCAGGUUCAGUGGUGGUUCUUUGCCAUACCAGUGUGUCUGUGCUCCUGCUGAGCCAGAUUCCGUUCACAUUGCUGUAGACAUCAAUUGUUGCUGCAGAGAUUCUGAUAAGGAGGCAAGACAGUUGGUUCAAAUAACUGGCUAGGUGCUUCAAAAAGCUGGGGCACCUACAAUGUCUGAAAUAAAGUGCAUUAUGUUAAGCAUGUUAAAGGGCCAUUCAUUCUAGAAACAUGGACCAUCAUCCAAAUAAUAUGCGUGUGGAAUUGCAUCGCGUGCAAAUGGUGUGUGAGGAAUUGUGGAUUGAGCUGGCGGUCUGCUCAGAGAUUUCACUAUAGUGAUGCCCAUUGCAUGUGAGAACCGGAGAGAGCCGCCUCUCCGGUCAGAGAUUUGCUUUCUAUUUAUGACGUAGCACUUAUUAUUAUUGCAGUUAUAUCCCACCUUGCUUCCAAGGAGCUUGAGAUGACUUGAUGACUUUCCCAUUUAAUCCCCACAACACCCUCUGAAGUAGGUUAGGCUGAGAGAACAUGACUGGCCUAAGGUCCCUCACUGAGCUUUGUGGUUGAGUGGGAAUUUGAGCCUAGGUCUCCUUGGUCCUAGUCCAGCACUGUAACCACUGCGCCACACUGUCUCUCUUCCCACUGCUGUGAAGACAAAGACCCUUGUGAAAUGCAAUAUAGGCCAGUUUCUUUGGAAAGGAAGGAAGGAAAGAAGAGCCAAAGUCCUCUGAUCACAUUCGUUUUCAGCAUCGGGUAAAAUUAUCAGUAAUAAAUUCAGGUAAUAUUAUUACAGCUUUCUGACAUGGGAACACAUAGUAUCAUUAGUUUCAUAUCACAUAUGUGUUCACCAUGUGAGUAAAAAUAUGGGUAAUAUGUACAUAUGCAUUAGUAGAAAGCAAAAAACCAAGCUGAAAAACCCUUAAGAAUGUAACAUUUUUUGGUCAUGCCACAUCCUGGCUCUAAUUUCGUACUGAGUCAAUGUCAUUUGUCACAUGUAACAUGUGUCCAUGUAACACAAAGAAGGAAGCAUUUUUUGGAGCACUGGGUGCCAGUAUUCAGUGAAUGCAGUUUUCUUUUUAAAUGCCCAGAGCAAAUGAAUUCCUUUAGUAAGCCACAGCAAAAGACUGCAGUUCCGCCUUAAGCUCAUUUCACAUGCGCAUAUUGAUCCUGAAUCCUUCUACAACUGCUAUAUUUCAUUAUUUAGUUAUUUAUUUAAAGGAAUUUCUAAACCUUUUAGCCCUUUAAAAACCCCUAAGUGGUGUACACUAUCUCUAGCAUAAAAACGAUAUCCAUCAAAACAAAUAAUAUAACAAAAAAACAAUUAAACAACCUUAAAACAUAUGCAAGUGUAUAAAAGCAAGUAAAGCAGAGAUUCUGGGGAUUCUCACACAUAAAACAGGGUCCUUUGCUCAAAUGGCUUAUAAUAUUAUUUAGCCUCUGUCCAAAUACAUUGUAAUAUUUGCUAUCUUAUUUCUGGGUAGCUAUCAUAUAAUGUCAAGCAAAUAUUCACUGGUGCUCUAACUCUGUCCUGAUAUGUCACAGAUGAUCUGAAAUACAAGCCUUGGAGUUACAGUUAAUAUCAUGUUUAUUUAGGUAUUGCAUCUGAUUCCGUGAAAAUGUAUUUCUAGUAUUUAGUUCUAUAAAAGUAGACUAAGUUUUCAUGUGAAAACAAACAUGUAGAACAAUGAAAUUGAAAAACUACAUAAAAACUACAUAAAACUACCACAAAACUACAUAAAACUACACAAAACAUUCAAAACCCCCUAAAAACUCUAAAACCCCAUUUUAAAAUACAAUAUACUAUAGAGACCCCUUAUGCUGUGUUUAGAACCAGAAUUGCAUUUGCGUAGAAACUGUUUCUCAGGCGGCUAGUCCUGGCCUUACAUUGUGGAACUAUGAACCAAAUAUUCUCACAAGGUGUUUAGGAUGAACCUUCAACCUGCCAUAAAACAACAACAAAGCAAUUACUCUUUUUGCUGAAAAAUAUUCUUCUUUCUUUGGCGAUCACUCGUAGCUGAGUAAGAUUGUCUUCCAUAAACACGGUUUUAACAAUGAGUCCGUAAGUGACUGUGGAGGCCAAUUCUGGAUCCACACGUCCUUCCACAGUGGGGACAUUGGUUUCCAGGCAGGAGUUGAUCACGAUGUAGAUUUGCCAAGUGUGCCUUCCUCUUAGCACGUUUCUCCCUUGCGUCCUGAGUUCGAGUGUCUUCAAAGUCCAUGACACCUUUGGUAAAGGCUGUACUCCAACUGGAGCACACUAGACUGCCUGUGUGCUUAUCUAUAGGAGAAUCUAGCUUAGCAAAUUGUCCUGGAAAUUUCGUUUGUUUUGUCAUUGCAAAAAUGCUACCAUCCAUAAGCCCAAAUGAAAUAAUUAUUUGUAGGCAUCCAGCUAUGCUCCAUUUGCGGAGAACGAAUAUUGAAUCUUACGUCUAGUUCUCAUGUACCCUGGUCAUAAAUAUUUGUAUAUUCUUUGCUUGUAAACCUGGUGAAAGUUGCUGUAUUUGCUUGUUUGUAGCACAGACAGUUUUAGAGUCCGUCAGGCUGCCCACUUUUCCAUGUCUGCCAUUAUCUGAAUGUGCCAGAGGACAUUCUCAAGGCUGAGCACCUGUCAGAGUGAAGCUGGAAACCAGAAAGUUGUGCCAGGAGGUCAGAGCUGGGAAGUCAAGUCAGGAGUCAAUACUGAGGAACAAGGCUAGGAAUGAAAGCUUGAAAGAGUAAAUCCAAAAUGUGCCAGAGCUGGGAAGGCUUUUGCUGCCCAGGCAAGUUCUAGCCAACCUCAUAGCCAACCUCGGCCCUCCAGUCUUUUAGGACUACAACUCCCAUGAUCCCUAGCUAACAGGACCAGUGGUCAGGGAUGAUGGGAAUUGUAGUCCCAAAACAACUGGAGGGCUGAGGUUGCCUAUGCCUGUUCUAGCCCAAGGAGGAAGGCUGUGUUUGUGUAGGUAUAUAUUUUCUGUUUUACAAUAUAAAAUACUCAUUUAAACAUCCUUAAAAUAUCAUUGACUUCCCUUCUUCCCUUUCCAUGGUUCAUUUUGCUUAUCAUAAAUCCCUGCAUAUUUUACAAAAACUAAACCAUUCAGUAUUCCAUUAUUACAUCCAUCAGAACUUAUUUACCCUGUUGAAUUAAUCUUAAUGCUGCCAGCGUUUUCAGCUGUACACAAUUUUCGCUGAUAUAUUCAAUAAACAUUUUCCAGUCUCCUCUAAACGUAUGUUCUUCUUGUUCUCUUAUUCUACAUGUUGAGUCUGUAAGCUGUGCAUAUUCUGUCAGCUCUAGUUGCCAUUCUUCUUUGGUUGGGCUCUCACUCGUUUUCCAUUUUUGGGCUAACAAACCACGGGCCGCAGUAGAAGCAUACAUAAAUAACCGUUUUUGACACCUGGGAGGAGGAAGGCUUUUGUAGUUCUUCCUGUUUAGGAGGAUUUGGUGGCCAUCCUGGGUGGGUAGGACCAGUCGAGCACCUGAGAACUAGUACAUCCCUUAAAAAAAUAUGCUGCAAUCUGCAGUCCUAGUGGCUCACCAUAGAGAGCAGCAAAGAGCUGAAGAUUCCCUGCUUAAGUCCUGGGAGCUCCUGAUAAAUGUAUACAAACAAUCCGUUGUCUUGGAAAAUGGGGUGUGGGCCAUUCUACUCACUGUUAGAUGUGGGCAACGUUAAUUUCGAAAAAUCGCAGCUUUUGAAUAACCGAGGCUCAAAAAUGAGAGUUCCACGGUGUACCUGGAAGAAAUUGAACAGGAAAAUGCAUUCCUACUUUGAUGUAUGCUACUGUGUACUCAGGCAAGGUGACUUUUGUGCGAGGGAUAAUGUGCGGUUCUUCUUUAUCAGGCGGGUUGCUCUUGAGCCACAGUGAUCCAUGUCACUGCACUGCAGUCUGUUCUGCAAACAAGGCAUUGUUCUCUAGAGUGUGUUUACUAAAACAGUCACCCUCAAAUAAUUACAGUAUUUAGAAACACCACAUUUAAAGCAUUAUGCGCUGCUCAAAGAACCCUAAACAGCAGGGUUGAGAUGUGACUCCCCGGGAGGCGGCUAAUUUUCUCUCUGUUGCUUUACAGACCUUACAUGUCCAUUGGAACGCUGCGGGAUCAAGUGAUCUAUCCUGACUCUGUGGACGACAUGCGCGAGAAGGGCUACCAAGACCAGGAUCUGGAGUGCAUCCUGCAGAUAGUUCAUUUGAAUCACAUAGUGCAAAGAGAAGGAGGUAAACGCUUGAGGUCUCCUAUUUCAAAUCGAGCAAGUUCAGGGCUGCCCCAAUAAUGUCAAGGUAAAAAGGUAAAGGGCCCCUGGACAGUUAAGUCCAGUCAAAGGGGACUCUGGGGUUGCGGUGCUUUCAGGCUGAGGGAGCCGGUGUUUGUCCACAGACAGCUUUCCAGGUCAUGUGGCCAGCAGGACUAAACCGCUUCUGGCGCAACGGGCUACCGUGACGGAAACCAAAGCGCACGGAAAUGCCGUUUACCUUCCCGCCGCAGCGGUGCCUAUUUAUCUACUUGCACUGGCGUGCUUUCGAACUGCUAGGUUGGCAGGAGCAGAGACCGAACAACGGGAGCUCACCCCGUCGCGGGGAUUUGAACCGCCGACCUUCCAAUCGGCAAGCCCAAGAGGCUUGGUGGUUUAGACCACAGCGAAACCUGCGUCCCAGUAAUGUCAGACACUACCUGCCCACUUAGAGGGGAGGAGGAAGGGGUCUGUUGGGAGAACUCAGGAUCUGCCUUCAGUCUGGAAAGGUUUCUGACUUUGCAAGUACCGUAUUUUUCGCUCCAUAAGAUGCACCUGACCAUAAGACGCACCUAGUUCUUAGAGGGGGAAUGCAAGGGGAAAAAAAAUCUUUAAAGGGAGCGCUGAGCAGAGCCGCGUGGAGCGUGUGUGCGGUGCUUGCAGGCUUUUCCCCGAGGAGGGAGAAGGGCCCAAGGGCACACACACUCCGCGCGGCUCUUUAAAGGGAACUCGGCUCUUUGGGGCUUUUCCGGGAGGUGGGGGAAGGGACCGAGGGGCUAAGCCAGAAGCUAGAACAGUGCUCCCUCUUGCUGUUCUAGCUUCUGGCUUAGCCGUGUGAAGCCUCUUCAGGGCAGGGGGAAGGGACUGAGGGGCUAAGCCAGAACGGCAAGAGGGAGCCCCGCACAGCGAUCCCUCUUGCUGUUCUGGCUUCUGGGAUAGCUAUGCAGCCGGCAUUCGCUCCAUAAGAUGCACACACAUUUCCCCUUACUUUUUAGGAGGGGAAUAGUACGUCUUAUAGAGCGAAAAAUACGGUAAUUAAUAGCAAUAUGAUUGUUGCUGGGUUUUCUCCAAAUCUGAUGCCCUGCUCAUCGCCGUUGCCAGAUCCCCCAGAGAAGGUGGCAGAGCAGAUACUGCAGGACCACAGAUAGCUCCAAGGAACUAUCUGUAGGAACUUGCUGUACAGUGGUACCUCGGGUUAAGAACUUAAUUCAUUCCAGAGGUCCGUUCUUAACCUGAAACUGUUCUUAACCUGAGGCGCGCUUUCACUAAUGUGGCCUCCUGCUGCCGCCUCCGCACAAUUUCCGUUCUCAUCUUGGGGCAAAGUUCACAACCCGGAGCAACUACUUCCGAGUUAGCGGGGUUUGUAACCUGAAGCGUUUGUAACCCGAGGUACCACUGUAGUUGAAAGCAGACUGAGCCUUUUAAGCUCAGUCUGCUUUCAACUUUUAAGCCCAUGCCCAGUCUACCUCUCUCAGGUUGCAGCCCUUGUGCAGCUCAUCUGCACUGUGCAUAUGUUUAUAAUCCAAAUUUAUAAAAAUACCCAAAGUACAGUAUAGUAAACGUCCAUUUGUUACUUAAAGCUGCUCUCUGAACUCCAGUUACCUGGAAAUAAGCUCCUUAGAAUUCAGCAGGACUUUCUUCGGAGUAGACAUGGUCAGGAUUGUACUCUAAAGCUGACCUGUUAAAGACAAAAAUGGAGAAAAGAAAGAAAAGGAAGUUUAAAUCGGAGAGUAAAACGUACCUGUUCUUUUUGGGUGCCUUUGAAGGGUGGGAUGCUGUUACAGACUGGAAGGAUGUCCUGUCCGGAGGAGAAAAGCAGAGAAUGGGGAUGGCUCGGAUGUUCUACCACAAGUAAGUAAAUUUUUUCCAAGUAUGGAUAGGAUGGACAUAGGUAGAUUGUAUUGGUAUUGCUCAGGGGGUUGAAGGCAGAAUAAAGCACAUGGUGCUGUAGAGGGCCCAAUUCAAAGUGCUGGUAUUGACCUAUAAAGCCUCGAGACCUUAAGAGCCGUCUGUCUCCAUACAAACUAACCUGGACCUUGCAUUCAUCACUUGAGGCCCUUUUCUAUGUCCCCCUUCCCUGAGAGGUUUGGAGGGUGGCAACACGAGACUUUAGUUGUUCCCAAGUUGCUCUUUGCGCAUUUAUAGUCUGUACAAACAAGAACCUGGUCAUGCUGAAAAACAAAAACAAAAAAAAUUAAAAACCAUUUUCUUAAGAGUAGGUCCAGCAACUUGUCUUGCCAAGCUGACAGAAGCUGCAUUUAAGUAUGUUUACUUGUGGCAGGUUGUCCAGGUUGCUUUGAAAUUAAGGGACAGUCCAAGCACAGGCAUAGGCAAACUCGGCGCUCCAGAUGUUUUGGGACUACAACUCCCAUCAUCCCUGACCACUGGUCCUGUUAGUUAGGGAUGAUGGGAGUUGUAGUCCCAAAACAUCUGGAGGGCCGAGUUUGCCUGUGCCUGGUCAAGCACAUGGUGGGGGAAAUAGUGUGGACUCCCAUUUCCAGAUAAAAACUUAGAAGAGACAUCGUUUGGGGUGAAGAGAUCUCUGCACCAGCUGCUCCCUAUGUCACUGGGGGCAUCAAGAAAAAUACUUGAUGCAGACCUCCGCCUUUCCAUACUCCAUAUAGUCCUUGGUAGCAUUUUGGAAGAUCAUCUCAACUUUUUUGGAGAAGAUUGCUGAAAUCAGUUUCACAAUUUGAAGGAUCCCCAUUUGCUUUGCUCAUAGUGAUCAUGAGAGCAAAUUGCAUUUCACGUCAAUUAAGUCUGUUUCAAGUUCAAAUGUGGAUCGUUCUCAUGGGUGCACACAGCUUGAGCUGCCUUGAAUUUCUAAUAUGUGGGUGUCUGAUGUAACUUUUCAUUUAGCUUACAGAAGUUAUCUUGGGCAGCCUACCACAUAAAAGGGGGGGGGGAAUUUCAUUCAGUAUAUAGCUAAGAUGAUUGCUCUGAAUCCAAAAUUUCAGCGCAUGUGGGGGGAAUCCAGUGGACACUUGCAAGUGUGAUUCGCACGAGAAUGUGCAUCUUUGUUCGCCUAAAUCAUGCCUCCUAGCUGUUUCAAAAAGUGAAUGAAUAACUAUUUGUUUUCCUUCUUUACAAGGCCCAAAUAUGCAUUGCUGGAUGAGUGUACAAGUGCUGUCAGCAUUGAUGUCGAAGGAAAGAUAUUUCAGGCUGCUAAGGGGGCUGGCAUAUCCCUGCUUUCAAUAACACACAGACCAUCUCUUUGGUGAGUCUUUACCUAGGACCUUUUUUAAAAAAACCUUCUUGCCUUAUAAUGUAUGUAGGUUUCAUCAGGUACUGUAUUCACCUCACGAUUAUGUGGCAUUCCCAAUCACAGGAAGACUCUUGAAGCAAACAGCACCUAUUGUUGGCAUCUGUCUGUCUCAAGAGACUAUGAAGUGCACCUCCAGAUGUGAAGUCAAACCACUGUGACCUCCUAGGGGCGCAAGUCUGGGCAGCGUGUCUGGAGGUCCUGGGCUGCCCAGCCAACAAGACCCUCAUCUUGGCCUCGCUGAUGUGGUCCAAAGGAAAGCAGAGCAAUAUGUUUGGCACCAGGUGGGCUACAGGAGUUGCCAGAAAGAGGCGUAAAGGUUCCAUCCAACUGUCUUAGAGACUCCACUCCAGAUUCGUGUAGGGUUUGCUCCUUAGCCUUUUCUUCUCCCGAAGAUAUCCUGCAAGGCAGUGGAGGGUUAAGGCUUCCUGUUUGCGUGGCGAGUUCCCGCCUCCCCCCAGUAGGAAUAAAGACACAGGACACAAUUAUUUAAGGUUAAUGGGCUAAAAUUGGCCACAACUUAAUUGGUUACAGGUAAGAGUGGUAUUGGCUUAGGCAUUGGUCCUAUCAGACUAUCCGGCUUCAGCCUGUUUGCUAGAAAACCAGAUAGGGUUAACACCAGCAGGGGGAGCCCUGCUGAUGCACAUCAACUAGGUACUCCCCCGGGGUCACCAAUUGGGGGCGCGCUUUAGGCCCUGGCCUCCAUAGGCUUCGGACAAGACAACGCCCCCCGGAAUCCUUUACCGGACUACCCUUCAAUAUUUGGGAGAGGUGAUGGCACUCCUCCCCCCCAACACAUCUACACAACAAUACCCCUACCAAUGCCUAACCGCCAAAGCCAAGGAGUUGUGACGAUUUGCUACGAGGUAGGCGAAAAACCAAAUGGCCGGCGCCAAUUUGCCAAGUGGAAAAAAUCCCACCAGGCCCCUUAACGGCGACCAACCGAAGUCCAUAGUAAGGUCAGAAGGGAAACCUUAAAGGGCGGGUGGGUGGGAAACCACAACAGCUGCGCAGACCAAAGAGGGAGAUCCCGGGGCCGCACUUGCCUUAAAUGAGGCAAGCUACACCCCCUGAGCAGCUGAUUGGCUGGCUCAGGGAAUGACGCGGCCCAAGGAUUCCUCUAAUCGCGCGGGGCUGGAAACCAGCCUCCGUGCGCAUGUUGGGGGCGUGAGCCCGCAACCCCACCUCCUCCUGAUGUCGGAAGUGGCUUUCUGCCUAUGCCAGGAAUGGAGGUCUCCCUCGACACUGCAGGGAGAGACAGACGGAGAUAAACAAAGAAUGAUGGGGAAAACUCUUUCUUUGAAUUCCUCUCUGGGUGGGAGAGGAACAGGCUCUCACCUGCAGAUUGCCCUGCGGUCUGGUACUCGCUUCCCUAUGGAAUGUGAGGGCAAGCAAAAGCACUGGGUUCAAUGUGACUAUCGUGACACCCCCCCCCCCCAAAUCCGGUCCCAGAAGCAGAGGAUAUCUUGCUGAUAGGGCUUUAACUGAAGUAAAGUAAAGGCAUGUGCUAAAGGCAAUGAGACAACAAACUGCGGAACAUCUCAGCUACAAGGAUUUAAAGGUUGGAAUUGAGAUAAGGUUUUAUUCGGUGCCACAGACUUUGUUUUUCAAAGUUUUUCUUCUACAUUUCUGAUUUGGCAACCCUCCUUGGAAUGCAAGGUUAAAAUAUAAUAUAGAAAGUGAAGACUGAAGAAACUGGAUUAAUAACAUGAAAUUUAACAUCAAACUGGAACUGCAUGUGUGAGAGGAAUGGGAUGGAGAGAGAGAGGAAAGGGUGGGGGAGUUUCACCCUUUGAAAGGACUAUGUUGGAAUAUAGAACGAAACCACCCCCACUCUGUUAUUUUCAAAGGAAUGUGAAGGAGGCUGAGACAAUUUUGAAUGUAAUCUAACUGGAAUGAUAACCGACUAUAAUUUUUUCAGUUUAAAGGAGGAGAGAAGUUUGCCACCUCCAAGGUCAGAUGUUUUCUGGCAGUUUGGAAUUGGAAUGCUCUUCCUAGGUUGGGGGGGGGGGCGGAAAUGGUGAGGACGGUUUAUUUGUUGAAACAGCAGAGUCUCUUACAAGCUUACAAUCAUGGGAUGAAGUGAUGUAGAGGCUUUUGGAAAACUGUGGGACAACCACUUAUUCCGAGUCACGAUGGGAAAUAUCAACAGUUGGAAGAAUGAAGGACACAACGCCAUAUAUGGUUGGGACAACAUCAUGGGGGGGGGAAUAACCACACGCAGGACAGAACAAUGAUUACAGACUUGAGUACCUAACUCGAAACUUUAUAAAUUACUUAUAAUAUAUUAACACAAAUUAAAACCAUAAGAUUGUAGCUGUUGUAUAAGGGAUUACUAUCUUGAAGGGAAUGCAACUGAAAUUAUUAAGAUUUUGGAACGCAGAAAAUAAAACAAAACGAAACAAAGAGGAACCCAUCAAAACUAGCACGUGAGGAGGUCACUUUACCUGAACUGCAUAAUUCAGUAUAUAAAUAAUUGGAUUUAAUAAUUGUAUUAAUUGGAUAAAAUUGGCAUUGUUGUAAUGAGGCUGUUAUUGGAACGAUAUUGGAAAAUCUAUAUCUAUCUAUCAUCUAUCUAUCUAUCUAUAUUUAUAUUUAUCAAAAGGGCAGUGAAGGGUUAGGAUCAGAGUUUUCCUUCUCCUAGAUGGGCUCCCUUCCCAGGUUGACAAGCCCCAUCUGCCCCUCUACAACACGUGCAGAAACCGUCUUCUUAACCGUUGAAGCCAGUGGAGGUUGCUCUCUGCAGACAUAGCACUAGUUUCUGAAAGUUGAAAUUCUUGCAGCUUCCAAGCUUUCGCAAAUGCUCUUCUAAAUGAACCCUACGGAACCUGUUGCGUUUCUGGUCUCUUCCUGAGAGUCUGCCCGCUCAUCAUGGUCCUCCUGUGAAUGUUUGAGAUUUUGUUGCUGGAUUUCUGAGUGUUUCUUUUCUUCUCCUGCAGGAAGUACCAUACACACUUGCUCCAGUUUGAUGGGGAAGGACACUGGCGCUUUGAACAGUUGGACAAUGCUAUCCGCUUAACCCUCAGUGAGGAGAAGCAAAGACUAGAAUCCCAGCUUGCAGGAAUGCCAAAAAUGCAGCAGAGACUGAACGAACUUUGCAAAAUCUUAGGGGAAGAUUCCGUGCUUAAAACAAUGGACAAAGAAGAAUAAAUGUUUUUAGUUCAUUUCCCCACCCCAAUUUUUUAAAAGUUAACGAUGCACUUUGAUUUCUGAGACACAGUGGUUUGCAUGCACCUGAUUAGUGUAGACUGUAAGGAAUUGGCCACAAACUCAAUGCUUGAGAUAACUGUCAGCUUUAUAAUGUGAAGGAAGAAAGUGGUUCAAACUAAGGCUGUCCUGAAUUUUAGUGAGUUCUGGUUUUCAGUGUGGGGGGAAAACGUUCUGGGAAGGUGUAUGAAACGGCUUUGCAAAAUCUUCUAUCUUCUUAAUAUGCUCCUGGUUCGAUGCAAUUUUUAGGGCUUUCUUUUAGGACUGGUUUCAGGCACAGCACCACAGAGCAAAUCAGAUCUGAAGAUGUGACAACAUGCUCUGAGUUUGGGGGGCAAAAGAGGCAACUAGAUUUAACUCCCAGUUCACAGAAGGGUUGUGACACAGUGGGGGAGCACAUGGGUUGCAUGUCAACCUCAUAUGUUCAAUCCCCAGCAUCCCCAGAGACCUAGCCCUGAAGACCCACAUCCAGUCAGUGUAGACAAUAUUGAGCUACAUGGACCAAUGCUCUGGCUCAAUGUAGGGCAGCUUCUUCAAUUCCCUAGAUUUCUUGCUCUGUGGCAAGUUGUUUGCUGCCAGCUAGUUCAUGUUGUGCAUUCUGAUGCUUGACAGUUUGGGACAGAAUGAGAAUACAGGAAUGCUGAAGAUGUACAUCCAGAUGCAGAUCUAAUGGAUGAAAGUCUACAUUUGGAUGUGCAUUAGUUGCGCAUAUAAAUUUCAGAUGCCAUCCAUCCAUUUUGCAAUGGGUGUGCAUGUGUAUCCAAAUGGUUGUCCACAUUAUGUCCUAACUGUAUUCAGCUGAUACAGAUAGCUGAUGUAUUCAGCUAUCUUUAUAUUUAUAAAGGACUGGCUCCUGGGUUGACUGGGCUUUGGGCAAAGUGCUGUUGUGCGAGGACCCCUUUGCCAUGGUGCCCCCUAACAUUUCUGGGGGUCAAGAGGGACGUACAAGGGUGGCUGAAGGCAGCAAAGAGCCCAAAUGCCCCCAAAAACCUCUGUUUCCAGGACAUGGUUGGAAACAGAGAUGGCAUCCACCAUCUGCAUUGUUUUUGGAUUAUUAUUUUAGAGCCCAGAACAGUAGUCAACCGUGGUAUGGAGCCUAGUAGAUUCUCUAAGGAGCCCCCAGGUGAAUCUGAGCCCACAGAUCUGGAUCAGGACUUUUCCCCCAGCCAGAACUCACCUGAACUCAUUUCCGGCGCCAUUGCCAUUAUAUAAGAGAACAAGGGAGGUGUUCGUGGUGAAUUCCGGCACCUCUUUUUCUAGAAAAAGGGAAGACCCUAGUACCCACCACCACCAAGGGAGCACUGACAUUUCUUUGCAAAAAGGUGCAGAAAAUUCACUGGAAAAGUAGGGCUUGUGUCACGGUGGUGUGUGGUGUGAUUGAACUGUUUGCAAAACACGUUCCUCCUUUUCAGCUCGGCACUAGUUUGAACCCCAGAAAAUUAUCAAGAAACGCACUGUAUAUAUCAAUCGUUACACCUUCCAAGCUCACGGUGCUCCUGGGAAGCUCCUUGUGUAGUUGGAUUACCCUGACAGAUUCUUGCUUCAAAGCCAGGAGGUAGAAUAUGAUCUCCCACCAUCCUGCCAUGCGCAUAUGAUAUGCCUGGUGCGUUGCACAGGCAUGGAGCAACAGAAGGGCCGGGCUUGGUGAGUAUUCAGGUGCAUGGUGGACAGGGGGAGGCGGAAUAUAACAUAUAUGGAGGGGGGGGAUCAUUUUUUAUUUAAAAAAACCCUGUGAAAAUGAUAUUUGCAGAUAAUAACACAUGCAUGUCAGCAGCCGUGCUUUCCUGGGAAGCAACAAAAUGACAGGCAGCUUAGAAAAUAAGGGGACGGCCCUGGCCUUUUCAUUCUGUGCACGACAUGGCAAGUACGUCACGAAGAAGAAAUUUGGAGGCUUUUUUCUACUCUUACACUGGGAAGCAUGCAUCUGCGCUCUGUAACGCAAUGGGCACUUGUAUCUACGUCUCACUUAAAGUAAUUCAAAGUGAUAUGCUAUGAGUUUAUUCCAUUUAUUUUCACAAAACUGUACGCUGCUUCCCUUGUUGCUCCUAUUAUAGUUCUCACUGUAGUAGCAAUAGAGGGAGACCGUUUUGAACUGGUCAAGGUGGCAGGUGAUUCCUGCAAUGGGCUGUUUGGGAUGUACCAGCCACAUGCACAGAAAGUUAGCCUAUAUGCCAAUUCAAGGUUCACUGGGUGCUCUUUUAGCAAGGUCAUGGUGAUUUCUGAUUCCCUUUUGCAUUUUGGAAAGAAUGGUCUAUCCUUGAAAGUAACCUGCCAUUUUGGAGAGAAUGGUCUAUCCUUGGAAAAUGCCAAGUUACUUCCAGUUGGGUUCUGUGGCUUCCUAGGGUGCAUUCCUUGUUCCCGUUUCCAAAUUCCAGGCACCUGACUUGAAUGCCCAUUUCUUGUUGAUUCUUCCACCGACAAGGUAAAGGAAUUUGCCUUCUAUCAGGUUAGACUGUGUGUUCAUUCAGCCCCAUAUUGUCUACACUGACUCGCAGCGGCUGUCUACUAGAGUCUCAGGCAAACGUAUUUCACAUUACCUGCUACCUCAUGCUUUCGGUUGGAGGUGCCAGGGAUUGCAUUUGGGACGUUUUGCAUGCCAAGCAUGUGUCCUGCCAUUGCUCCCUCCUGCAUGUUAAAAUUAUUACUGUGCGUCUUAGUGCAAAAGCGGAUGAUUUGAUUCUAACCCUGCUGUACUGGAGUAGACAGAGUACUUAACAAUUUCCAAAUCCCAGCAAUUGAAAAGUAAUUGCUUGUUUUUCUUUGAUAACGGAAUUUCUCAAUAAACUAAUAUGGGAGAAAAGAGAAAAGAUAAGAAAAGGCACUUCCAGACUGUCACUAUUUUUGAGUAGGAUUCAAAAACAUGCCAGCCAAUUCAAGUAGCGCAGUUAAAGUUGAUUUGGCUCUCUUCCACAACAAACUUGCUUCCCCCUCAAAACAGGCUCUUGGUGGCAAGGAAUGCGAUGAGAAAAUGCACUGGAAAAUGUGGGGUAACAAUUGCUUGACAUGAUAUCAUCUAACCUCCCCGCAAACGAAUCAGGGUGAAUGCUGAAUAAACAGGCUGUCUGGGAGAAACCUAAGUUCAUAAUACUAAUUUUGAUAUGUAGUCGCAGACCAGCAAGUGUUUCAUAACAAGAAUUCAGCAACCAGCUUGUAGUUAAUGGCAUUAUUAGGCCCUGUUCAGAAGUCACAACUUAUGGAUAGCAUAAAUUGGCUCAGUGUUAUAUUUCAAUGUAUUUAACCAUAGUUUUAAUUGUUUAUAAAAAAAAAUUAAAAAAUUCUUUUCUCUCUUAAGCUUACUGAAGGCCUAGUGGGCUGUGUGAUGGGAAAUAAGGGACAGGGCCUUUGCAGUGGCUACACCCAGACUCUGGAAUUCCCUGCCCAGAGAGAGUUGUCUCCUCUUUUUCUUUCUCUUUCCUUGAUGAUCUUCUUAAUAAUUUUGGUGAACUUUUUGCCACUGUUCUUAAGGUUUUUGCUGCUCUGUUUCUUCUAAGUAAUGAUGCUUUAGCGUUUUGUCAUAUCUCGAUUGUGCUUUUUUUAUCUGUUGUAUUUCCUUUUGUCUGCACCUUUGAACUUUUUUGGAAUGGGGAUAUAAAUGGCUCAGAUCAAAUAAAGAAAUUAAACACAAAAAGUAAAAUGACAACAACAACAAAAAUCUAGAGCGAAUUGUAGUUUGCCUUUAAACUAGUGGUUGAAGUUAGCUCGGGUCAAUUUCUACUCUAAAAGCAAACCAGUAAGAAGUAAGGUUCAGAUAUAAUGUUGAACCAUGGCUAACACUAACCAAGGAAGGCACAUGCAAGAAAUUAGGGGGGGGAUGUGUGAGUUUAUAGGGUGCUCCCAAUCAACAAGCCAUGGUUUAAAAGGGGGUGCUACUAAGCUGUGAUGCCUGUUGUGUAAAAUCGAACUAAUAUUUUUUUCCUUGAUUGUAUUUUUUUUACUUCCUCUUUGCCUGAGCAGGAGCCCCACUUUCUCCUUUAAUUUUGCUUUUCUCAAAAUUUGACGGCAAGUUUUAGUUGACAUAUUCCAAAGCUGAUGGAUGGCACUCAAUGCCACUGAGGCCACUUGAGUUUCAAGCAGCGGCAAAAGACCCAGAAGGGCUCCCAAGCUACAUAUUCGCUCCUUUAGGGGGAGUUUAACCUCAUCAAGAGCAGGCAACCUCCCAUCCUUCCAGUUUGGGGAACCACUCACUAGUAGUGCCUCAGCCUUAACUGGACUGAGCUUUUCUUUGUUGGUUCUCAUCCAGUCCAUUACCAUCAUCAUCAUAAUCAAACCUUUAUUGGCAUCACAUACAAACAUUCAGAAUAAAUAGGCCAAUGUGAUCUCGUCGCCAUUUCAACAGUACAGUCAUUUGCCAAAGGGAAGAAGAGGCGAGCAAUCUAUUUCACCUCUGUGGGUCUCCAGCAAGGGCAGGAUCCUGUAGCGUACUUCGGUGGCAAAAAAUCAAAUAGAGGAACUUAGCUACUGUCUUGGUGAGCUCCUGGUCUCUCCCCUGUAAUAAGAAGCGUAUGACCUCUGUCUCUGGUUUCCAUAUUGGGAUACAUAGCUGGUCUAAGAAUUGUUGGUGGAGAUCAUCAUACAUUUUACAUUUAAGGACCAUGUGAGCUAGAGUUUCCACCAGGUGGGCAUCACAUGGGCAGAUCCUAUCUCCUUCUGCCAUACCCGCGAACCUACCCCAAAGGAGGUUAGAAGGAAGAAGGAUUAGAAUUGAACCUAGCCAGCGAAAAAGCCCUUCUUUCUUGCGGGUUAAACACAAAUUGUAAGUAAUUAAGGUUAAAUUCCUGCGCCCAAGAGAGUCAAAAAUAAAGAGGGGAACAUGUUUUUUCUGCAGCUGAGAUUAGUUCCUGGCGAUAUAUGUCCCACAGCCUAGUUUUUAACAUGGCCUGCCUUGGCGGUUGCCAGUCCAUUACAAAGGCAAGAUUGUGGUAUGCUCUAGGAUCCUUUGCAGUGCGAUGUGGGAUGCUGACUCACAUUACUCCCAGCUUUUUGCACAACGACUUGGGAUGCAUGCGUUCAUAUCAUGCAUGCUAAUUCUGUGGCAUCUGUAAACAUAGCAGCCAGGAUUCUAAUAACUGCAAGCAAAGUUCCACUCUUGGAAUGGAACUUUUCUGCUUUUUCUUUUCUUUGCUUACAUCUGAAGGUUGGGAAACUAUCUGAAAUGAUGUUUGACAUAGCCGGGGGGGGGGGGGAUUUCAGCUGUGUGAGUGGGAACUGUUGGCAAUUGGAGAUCCCACACCCCUCUCAGCAGUAAUGGAAGCUAUAUUUUUCCAGGCUGGGCCUUUGGCCCAUCUAGUCCAAGACAAAGGAUGGGGAACUUGUGGCCUUCCGGAUUUUGUUGAACUCCAGUUCCCAUCAUCCCUCACUAUUGGCCAUGCUGGCUGGGGCUGAUUGGGAGUUGUAAUGGUUCUAGGGGUUGCUCGUGCGUAAGCUUGUCCCAACCUCUGGCUGGGUUGCCUGAGUGAACCUUUCCUGUCCGGGCAGCCACUCGCCCGUGACUGUCUCAAUCGCUGGCAGGAUCCGUCAGUGGGCAUUUCUUAAACUUCUUCCAGCAAAGAAGUUCUUUGACGCCAAGUCUCCUCCUACUCUCCCUGCACGGAAGCCUUCUGCGCAAGGAGGGCGUGGGCAGCGGAGGACCCUUCCUCUCCCCGCUGGUCUCCAGCAAGGAGUCAUGGGACCGCCUCGCCGAUUCCCCCAUCUGCCCCCCUUCUCACUGGAGCCACGUUGAUUCUCUUCCCCAGAAGACGGGCUGCCUCUCCCACUCCCGGGACGCUCUCUGGGAUGUCUUUGGAGCUUGCUCUCUCCCUCGGACACUGAUGUUCCCUGACAGGAGUUAAAGUCCAACAACAUCUAGAGGACCACAAGUUACCCAUCCCUGGUUUGCACUGACUGACAGUCCUUUCUAGAGUUUGAAGGUGGAUGUGUAGAUGCCAGGAAUUGGACUGAGAUGUUUUGCAUGGUAAACUCAUGCUGUGCACCUGAAUUUUACAUACUGUUGGGUUCAAUCCAGUGUUGACAACUGCUUGGCUGUUGUUGUUUGUGCAAUCAAGACUUGGAGAAGCUGUUAAUGGGUCCUACUUGCAACAUUUAUUUGUUGACUGGUCAUGGGGCCAUUGUGAAUAAAUAGCCUGUCCUGCAAAUGUUGGCAGGUUGGAGUUGCCAC